AUGGCUCCCUUUAAAUUUGUCAUUAAGGUAAGUCUGUCUAUUGCAAAUUAGAAGAUGGUUGAAUUGAAGAGGAGAUGGUUACCAAAUGCAAAUAAUCAUCGUAAGAGUUUUAAAUGAUCUAGUUGUUAGUGUACAUCAAAGUUAGUCAUAUAAGGAGGUAAAGGUUCUGUAUUUAAGCAUGAGAAAAAUCAGCAUUAGAAGUUACUCUGUCUUUAUAAUCAUGAUUUUACCUUUAUUAUCAAUGUCAAUAUCAGACCACUAUAAAGUUGUGUGCAUCUUUUUCCAGGUGAAACAGGAAUUUUUCCCCUUUUCAAAGGUGUUAAUGUUCAGUUGUAACUUCAGUAUUGGCUGUAUUUUUUUGUUACUAUCUGCAGUAUAUUUGUUGGCCACAAGAGGGCAUUACUGAUCCAUGUUUAUACCAUUAUGCUUCCACAUUCUGAUGUAGUUAUUCAUGCUUUGGAGGACAUUAUUCAGAGACUCUGUUCACCUUCUGCAAAUCUCUGCUGACUGCCUCCCUGAGAGUCUUUUGUUAAUGGACAGAGCCGCACAGAGCAGAGGAAACUCCUCCUGUUACAGAGCUGAGCUGUUCCUCCUCACUGUGAUGCUCUGUCAGGAAUAAUGCACAUCAGAUGUUUUUGUUAAGUGCAGGGAAAGCCACCCGUCUCUCUUUUGUUGAUGUUUCAUUUAUUGAGAGUUUUGUACGAGGGCUGCAGACAUUCGCACUGAUCUCUCACAUCCUCUGUAAUGCCAUGUGUGCCUAGUUGACCAGAUAUUGCCUUCACCCCCUUUAUUUGUUUCAUAUGCAUGCCUGCAUACAGACCACCACCCCCUCCACCCCCCUCAGCUGGUUGUGGGAGAGUAAAACCCUUGAGGUUCACGGAAGGUUCCUUCCCACUGGGCACAUAAUGAUACUGUUGUGUUACUCUGCCUGAGAAAAUGCACUCAGCCUCUACUAUGCUUAACCAACUAACCACAAACAAGUAUGUUAAACGGGAUCAGUGCAAACAAUGGCGUUUUAGGCGCUACCCUGGGCUUCACUUUUGCAAAGCAAACACCGCUGCCGCUGUGUUUUUUAAUGAAUAAAUUAAAUUCUCUGGAUACUGAAGGGAAAAAAAGCUGCACAGGGAAAGUGUUUGCACAAAGACAUGCUGCAAAAAGAGGCCAGCUCGGCUAGGAUUAGUGAAGCAAUUAUGAGUUAUGUUCUUGGAUUCACCAUGCCAUGUUUAGAGGGCAGUUCAGCCAUGUGUUUUAUGACUCCUCCUAAGAUGUUUUCAAAGCAGCUCCCUCCCUGCUCCGUGGAGCUGCAGGAGGUGCUGGUAUGCUCCUUCUUAAACAGGCUUUGACUAUAUAGUGACCUGCCACUUCUCAGACCUCCCGAAAAGAGCCUGCAGGCUAAAACUCUGAUCCACUGAAGUGCUCGCUGUCUGCCAGGACAUUACUGCUGCAGAGCCCUGCAAUCUGCCUUCUAUUAGCCAUGUGCACCGCUGACUCUCCAACCAUCUUAAGUAGUAGUUUGAGUCAGACAGUAAAGUGUUAUUUUAGAAAUAAAUAAAUAAGAUUGAGGUUUCACAGAGCAGUUUUAAUGUCAGAGGUUUUUGUGCUGGUUAGUGUUGUUGUCACAGAUGAGCAGCACAUGAGCUCAUACCAGACCACACAUCCUGCUUUUGGUAAAAACUAGGGCUGUCAAAGUUGGCGUGUUAAUAACGUGUUGACGCAAAUUCUUUAAACUGCCACUCAUUUUUUUGAUGCAUGAUUACCACAUACAUGUUUUGGAAUCAGGAAAAUGUGCAGCAGUAACAUCGUAGAGACAUAAACAUCUCUGAACAAGAAUGAUAAAGAUGCAGAAACAGGUCUGUGAAGGAAGCUUUAAGAGUUUUGGUGGUUAGUAGCUUGCAAGGGAAUGACGCCCAAACUUAGUAGCAAGUGCCAAAAAUGAAAUUGAAAUCCAAUGUUGACAUAUGUGUCAAAAUCAGCAGGAUAAAAGUUAGGGGACACAGGGUUACAUUAAGAUGUGUUUAAGAUUGGGUGAAAUGAAAAUUAGGUGGAGGUAAAUAAACACCAUCAUGAUGUGGUCAAAUGUCGUGUCAAGAAAACAAAAAUGCACAUUUAGGUGAGUUUUGAAACAGAUAUCACAAAUAAAAUUUCAAUCUUAGCUUCUUCAUUUAGAAGACUUACAAAGUGCGAUUUAUUUGCGAUUAAUCAUGAGUUAACUUUGAGCAAUCAUGCGAUUAAUCAUGAUUUUAAAAGUUUAUCCUUUGACAGCCCAUGUAGAAAUUUCUGCACUCUUAUAGAAACAUUUUGACAUUUUUGGGAAUCGUCCCAGCUGAAGGUGACAGGAGUGAAAAUAAACCACACUUUCAUCUCAGCUCUGCCCUACAUUGCUUCACCGAAUCCACGUUUCCUAAUGAGGCCAAACACUUCUCAGCCUGCUGUUGCUCUCUAUCUAUCAAUUUCUCAAGGAUGUGUCUGCCCGGGUUUUGUUUGCUGAGUGUUACCUGGAGAUAUUCCUGUCUGUUCUUGCUGCUGGAAUUCCUCUCUUGGGUUGUGUCUCUUUUUUUAUCAUCAAAUAAAGAGGACUCAGGUGUGCUAACAUUCACCUGAAUGACGGGAGCUUUGCAAACAAAACACUUCCGAGGAGUUUUUGUAAAUAACAUUUGCCUCAAUAAUAAUCAAGUCUCUGGGUUCAGUGCUCAGUAUCUGGCAGUUUCAAGAAUUGGAAAACAGAGUUGUCCUUUUUUUCAAAGGGGAAACCCAGGUGACUCACAGCACAGAGAGAAAGAGAGAGAGAGAGAGGGAGAGAGAGAGCUGGGAAUGAAGCAAAUAAAGCCUGAGAGCGAGGUUGUCACACCCACAGAUCUAAAGAGCUCCCCUGGGUUCUUUGCAGACUUGGAGGAAGAGAGAGAAAGUCAGAAAAAAAGAGGGAGACAAAGGGAGAGUUGGAGAGAUGCAAGUUUUAUUGAGUGAGACCGCAUCUGCUGCCCCUUCUCUUCCAAUGUAAACAUCUGCGGCUGGUUAGUGUUAGCCUCUGAGCUAAGUGCAGUCCGAGUAGGUCUGGUUCUUAUACGGCGUGAUAGUGAUGGCAAAGGGCAGCGAGGUGGGGAGACGGGUGAAACUGCUCGCAGUGUUUUGGGCUCUGUGCCCAAAUCGGAGCAGCACAGACGGGAGGAUGGAGAGCUGGGUCUGGGAGAGAGAUAAGGGAAGGUAGAGGGUGUUUUGGGAACUGAGAGUGAUAAAGACCAGAGCUCCAAAGAGCAGAAAGGGAAAGGAGCCGUCAGAGAGCUUGGCUCUGGAUUUGUUUAUUUACAGACAGAAAUAUGAAGGAAUUUUCUCAUGUUGUGCUGUGGACUGUGAGCAGCUUCAGCCUCAAACGUCUCUGAGGUUUUUGUCUCUGUUAACCCUUUUUCUUCCUGCAGGUCAUGUUUAUCAGAUUGGCAGUGGGGAGAAUUAGGCAGGAGGAGCUGAGCUUAGCCUGCAGGAAGACUAAGUCCCAUUCAUUCACUGUGUGUCAGCACACAAAAGAUGGCACAAUAAAGGAUUUGGUAUUAAGUAGCGCUCCUUGCCGCCUCUCAUUCAGCCUUCAGCCGCUGUUCAUAACUCUAAAAAGCCUGUGCAAGACGGGGAACAAAGCAGAGCUGGCCCGCUCCAGUAUGUAUGAAAAGAGUAACUUCCUCUGAAACUUGGCCCUUUUUCAAACUCUCCUUUUCCAACAACAGCGACAGUUUGAGUCAAAGCAAAGUACACAAGCUAAGAAAGCUCAUGAAUUUGAUAAAUGCUUUUGCUAUGUAAUGAAAUCCUUCAGGUUUCUCCUCCCUGUGGGGCUGCAGAGGUGCUUCUGUGGGCGGGGUUAGACGUGGGAAUGACAAAGUGGAUUUCUUGUGUAUCUCCCACCUUAUUAACGGAUAUACUGGAUAUUUUUCAGGUACCCCCCAGAGUCUUUUAAAGAAGUUUUUUCAUGCAUUUUUAUUUUUAUAUUAAGAUAUUGAAAAACUUCUGGCUGACCAAUUAAGAGGCAAAGAGGAGGAGCUGAUAUGGACCUUUAGCCUUUACAAUAUUAGUGAUAGCAGAACUUAGACGCUUAAUAUCACUUAACUUAUGAGUUUUAGUGUAGUGUGUGAGGGUAGAGAAAUGAGCAAAUCAGACUAAGACACUUUUUGAACACAGGUUGUAAACAUGUCUGAUUUUGAAUGGGUGUGUAUGUGGCUUCUGGUGCUUUUACAGCCAGCCUCAAGUGGACACUCAAGGAACUGCAGUUUUCAACACUUCUUCACCAGCUUUGUUUUUCAAGCCCGGACUUCCUGGUCAGAUUAAGACACCACUAAUUGGUGAGGUGAAAUAAGCGCAGAACUUACCUGAUAUUUUUUGCUGGGGAUGUUUUUUUGUCUCUUUUCAAACUUUCCAGGUCAGACUGGGGCCCAAAUCACGGGGCCACGUUUCAUACUUUGUCAUUUUAAGGAGAGAGGUGUGGCUUUGUUUCAUGGCAGCAGUGGAAGAGGCUUCUAGAUUGCUGGGGACAGUAACUGAAAUGAAGUGUUUCAGACAGAGACUGACACUAAGAUUGUAAAAGACACCAGUCUGAGAUAAAUUAAGAGUUUUUUGGUGUGUAUCUCUGCAUUCAUGAAGUAUUAAGAGAUCUCAGUAAAGAGAGGCCAUGGCUGGGUUUAAAGGGGAUCCAUGGAGGUCAUAGUUCAUGACAGGGUUCAGCUCAGAGAUCCACAGGUCAGCCUUUGUCCUGGGACUUGACAAAUUUAGACCACAUGACGUGAUUGUCGUCUUUGCCUUUGUGUAAAAUUAGAUCCGGCCUCCUUUUUGUCUUAUCUGCUGCACUCAACUCAAACAUCCUUUUUGUCAAGGCUCUGAUAGCUUCACCUACACGGCUCAAACCCGGACUCAAAGAUUGACACUCCAGAGGGGAAUUUGCGCCUCCACUGAAGCUCUGGUUUCUCGGACAAAUUAAUUGUUUUCUUAUUAGUGUGAUUGCAUUAGUUUACAUUCCUGACAAAAUUCCCUUUUCGGAGAAUCACAUGCUGUUUUUGUGUGGGGGACAGACCAAUGUUUAUCAUUAAUGUCCAGUUCCCAGUUGAGUCUUGUCUGCUGCUCUAAUGUGAUAAAAGGAAGUUAGUCUAAGGCUUGCUAGAUGUCUGGCGUUCAGCCCAAAACACUGACUCAAUCAGGAGCUCAGAGGGGGAUUCACCCUGCUGUGUGCCUCUAUAAGGGCCUGGCUCUCUAUACUGCUCUCUUUGUCCCCGAGUAUUGAUCAAAUUAACCUUGUGCUGCUCUUUAGGGCUCACAUUAGCCGGUGUAAUUUAAAGCCAUGUACCCUAUAAGAUUGAUUCUCUGUUCUCUGUCAGAUACCUCCUGUUAAAAAGACUCCGAUGCUGCUCCUCUAUUAACCGUGGUCUCAAAUAUAAACAUGCGGAUGAAUUAUUACUCAUGUGACACAUGUUGGACUAAAUGUAACAUGUGCUUUGAAGGAUUUAUAGCAGGCCGAUUGUACCUGAAAAGCUGGUAAUCCAUGCAUUAAGCAAGAGUUCCUCCCUGCAUUCAUGUGGUGUCGGGAUAACCGGGGAGAUGUGACUUAAUGCUGAAGUCAAAACAACUCGAAUAAUACGUGAAAAGUUACUUCUUAGUUACUUACUUCUUAAGUAACUUCUUGGCUCGUUUGUAAAUAAUAAAAGAGGAUCAGACUGUAACCAUUAUAACUAAAGCAAAAGAUAACAACUUAAAUGUUGCACAUAGAGACAUAAAUAAUACUCUUUUUUGUGAUCAACUUUUAUUUAAUUCAACUGAGAAAAGAAGGUACAAGUAAAUGUUACAGCAAUGAAUAAUCAAACAUAUACUCUCAUAUACCUAUACCUAUAAAUGUAUAUAGAUACAUAAAUAGAAAAAUAAAUGAAUGAAUAAGUAAAUAAAUAAACAUGAAUAAUACUCAAAGUGCUUUGAAUGAACGUGAGAUAGUAAUUGUACCCCAAUCCAACACUGUGCACCGCAAACCAUGAUAAAUACAUAGGUUUGCUAAACUUAAGCAAUAAAAAUGACCCCAAAAAGAGAAAACUAAUCUAAAAAAAUAGUAAAAUAAAAUAAAAAUGUACUUUUUUAAAUAUAUGAAAAAAUUGAAAAAUAAUCAAAAAAAAAUUAGCAAAAUAAAAUGAAAAUGUGCUUUUUUUUAGAUAUAUGAAAAAAUAGAAAAUUAAUCUAAAAAAAUUAGCUAAAAUAAAAUAAAAAAUUAACUUUUUUUAAUAAAUGGGUCCUAUAGAUGUGCUCUGAAUGUAAGUGCGACACAUACUUGUAGUGUGUCUUUAAUUUGACCCUCUUUAGUCGGCAGAGAAAAUAGCAGGUGCAGCAGUAUUAAACCCAUCACUGUCACUGCUCUUAUGUCUGUCAAGUCAAAGACAAAAGUCCGCAUACCGUCACCCGUCCAUCGUGUGUCAAGUCCAACCCCUUAGACACCACCGUAGGGCUCCUCCAGCAGUACGUCCCCGUGUUUUGAUUGACAGGGUCUGGCCCUCUGUUGCUAGGCUUUUCCCACACACUGGUAAUUGUUGGAGGCAGUCAGCUGAGGCCACCAGUCACCCGUGUACUGCUGCCAGACAAAGGGCAAAGGAUGGAGAGAAUACUGAUCUAUAGGGACGAGCUGAUACUGACAGGCUGCAUGCACACAUCUUAUAUAUGAGGGGUCUGCACAGAGAGGGGGGCUCUGUUCUGCUCCAGUCUUUUCUUUGUGGAAACAUAUUUUUGUUUCUAUUCAGGCAAAAGUUUGUAAAGAAAUAAUUUUUAGAGCAGGCUUUGAUGCAGUACUCUGGUCGGUCAUGUGGGGGCGCCCUCUCCUCUGUUUGACCUCCAAGAAAAAGUGAGGCAGCAGCUUCUUUUCAGUUAUUAUUUGCUGGACGACAAUAAGAAAGGAGAAUACUCUCAUGGGAAAAAGAACAAGUAUUUGUCUGUCUGAGUCGCUCAGAGGCAGAUUUUAGCCUUUGAAUGCCACAUGACAAACGGUUCCCAGCCCAACUUCAGCUUCCUAACAGUUAAUAAAACUUUCUCAGACUCCUGCUAUGACGAAAGAGCAAACCUGACCCCUUUUGAAACAACAGAGGGAGACAACUGGAGAGAGUUUGGUGGUGGGAAGUGUAUAGACUUGUGUCUGUAGCGAGGGCCUUCCCCUACACACCCUGUUGAUGUUCGUCAUCCUGAGAGCGAGGUCGUAGAAACAUCCCUGAAGUCUGGAUUGUCGAGUUUAGCGCUCCAGCCCAGGGGACGGACAAAGCUCCAAACAAAGCUCUUAGUGUGAAAAGGAUCCUCUGUUACUACAUGAAUCACCUCUUCUGUUUGUACACAUCCACCAUGAGAAAAAAUGAGAAAAUCUGCGUCUGCGUUUGGCUUUAUGUAACUGUGUUUUUGCUGCUUUAUUCAGUUCACUGCUUUCUGCUGCAUUAUCACACUGGGCUUUGGGGCAGUGCUUGUUUCUCCUCUGUCUCAUGUUGUGGGUGGUCUCACUCCAUCCAUUACUUCCUUGUCCAGGGAGAGAUGAAGUUCACACGAGACCCACAUCCAUUUGCUCUCUGCAGCGGGCAGCUUUUGCACUCAUGUGUAAACCAUAAUCAGGCCAGCCUGAGAAAGAUGUAACGGCGAGUUAACCAGCCGCGGCAUUUCUGGCCUCCCCGUCCCUCGUAGCUUAUUGUCAUUGACACGAUGACGUGGUGCUUGAGGAAUCCACUCUGCAGCCCUCGACUCAGCUUUCUUAUCCACUCUGAAGUUGUAGUCCAGAAACCUACAGAGCUGUGGGGCAGAUCUGUGCAGUUUUAUCACCACUCUGAUACAAAGUCGGAUAAUCCUCAUUUAUGUGCUCCCUCUUUAAACUCUCCCUGUGCAGCCUGUUUUGACCUGAGGCACUGACUAUAUUGCAAAGCUUAUAGAUAAAGGAAAUACUCUGAGAAAGGGGAAAUAUGAGGAGACAAAGAGGGACGUCCUUUUUUUUUUUUGUAAAGAGAUUGGUAAAAAGAUGGCUAGACAGCGAAACAGGAGGGAGGGGACUACUGUGAGAGGCCUGGGGUGAUGUUUGAAGACUCAGGGGGUCGUUGUGGUUUGUCUCGCUGUCAAUCACCCACACUCUGAUUUCCUUUGUUGUCUCUGAGCUCAAUGCCCCUCAGCAACCUGUGGCUGUCCUUCCUCUUUGUGUUACAGUGUGGGAACUUUGCGGUGCUGGUGGAUCUCCACGUUCUGCCCCUGGGCGGCCGAGAGGACGCCAGCUGGUUUACUACGGACCACAUCGAGGUACGGACACAGGGAGACGGGCGUGGGUGUGAAUAAGCGUGUGACUGAAUAUAUGGCUUCUGUUCUGCAGGGGGCCUUUUCUCGAGACAGCAGCGACAGCAGCGUGGAAUCUGAAAUGACUUUGAGCCUUGUGUCUAUUCAUCACAGAGGUUUCCAUUGUUGCUCAACUGUUCUCAUCUCUCCACCCAGCCACUUGUGGAGUUGUCUCACUGGCCUUUCUCUUCGGAGGCCUCUAACUGUCCUGUUUGCUUUUGUUCAGAGAUGUUUUCCUGCACUGAAAUAUCUGCACACUGUUCGCAGGAGGUCACGGCCCUGGUUCGAGACGCGGUGGACCAGAGAGUGAAGCAGUACACGGACAUCCUCCACAAUAGAAAACAGACCAAACAGAAGAAGGAGCUGGCACCUGCUGUAACCUUGACUGUCAAAGGUAACGCACUGUCUUACAGGAGAUGAACCAGUACAUGGUCCUGAGACGGGCCGGCCUUUACUACCCAAGUUUAAAUCAAAAAAGGAGGACAGGCGUAGGGGCCCCAGUUUAGCACAGCUGGUGGAGUAGGCACCUCGUGUACAGAGGCUGCAGUCAUCAUUGGACUGGACAAAGAGUCACUUCCCACUCUCAGUAGGAUUUGCUGCUCAUCGUUCCCAUUUCCAGGGUUCCUAUGCAAGUAUGGAAAUAAAUUUGGUCUUAAAAAUAUGGAAAAUGAAAAAUAAAGUAUGGAAAAACAAUGUUUCCACAUCAUUACCACACUUCUAAAAUGGAAAAGUAGGUAUUUCCAAAAAUAAUUCUAAAAUUUAGGGGAUGGAAAAGUAUGGAAAUUCUAACUGUGCAGGAACCCUGCAUUUCAUUUCUACCUCCUAUGUAUCCUUUGAAAUAAUGUGGAUGGAAAAACACUCAUCAGUGAUAUUUUUCUAGCUCUCAGUAACUCUAAAAGGAGAGUGUUAUACUCAUCUUUUCAGGCUGUUCCUCUAUUAGCUUUAUGAAAACUCAAAAAACUCUCCAAUCUGACAUUUAAACUUGAAUUUAUUAAAGGAAAGCAUCUCAUUUUCAAGGGGGUCCCUAAACAAACAUACAUAGAACUCAGGACACAUUACAAUACAUUAACAUACAUACCAUAUAACAAAUGCAGACAUCUUGCUCACCCUACUUCCAUACACAACCCCAGCCAACAUACACCUAACAUACAAAAUAAACAAAACUUAUUAACAAGGAUAAAUAAUGUGAACAUAAAUGCAAAAAAAGUAAAGAAAACAAAUCUGAAACAUGAGCAGUUUGUUUUGAGAUGAGAGUAAAGUGCCAUUCUGAAGUGAUAAAGAGAAGUAACAGAACGUUGUGUCAGAUCGUUAUCUUUAAAACCAGUUUGAAUCAUUUUGUUGCCUAGCACUCUAGAAGCCUCCUCCGCUGUUGCCAUUGCAUUCCUUCUCUUAAAAUAACAAAUUAUGACGCUUUAAACCCUGUAUCUAACCUCUAACGUUUAAAAACACAUAAAAAAAAAUCAGCUGUAGGUACAGGUCACAUUUACUUUUUCGCUCAUGUCCUUUAUGGUGCAAAGUUUUUGCUCGGUGGAGUAAUCUUCUGUUGAACUCUGGUUAUCAGUCCUCAAACCAGUCGACAGUUUACGACCCUGAUUUCCCAGCACUGCAGCCAAAACCAGAAUGCUUUUCUUACUGGCCCAGUACCUGUAAAAACAUCACUUCUCUGUGUAUUUACUCAGCGCGCUAGUUUAAAUUGUUAUUUGUAAUGAACUCCUGUCAUGUUUACUCUGUUUUGCUUUCACUGUUAGUCACUGCCCUGGAAUGCAGUCAUCGCAGCCUUCCCUUUUCUUGUCUGAGGUGUGUCUAUCAUCACCCUUUGAGAGAGAAAAAUGAUUUACUUUGGCGAUGAACUCAAAAAUCAUUAUUUAUCCGUUGGAUCUCAGCGACUGCAGGCCGAGCGUAAGGAGGGGCAGAGGGGUGGGCGCUGAGCUCGGGGCGGGAGAGCGGGGGUCACAGAGAAGUACAAAAUGUAUUUCAGGGUUACCUUCAGAGGAGAGUGUGGGAGGAAAGACAACAGGACUAGUCAGGACUUGGUGGCUCUCUACGCCCAGGGUGUGACCCACAGGCAGGAGCUGAUAGGAUUUUAGACUGCGCUGCUCUGUUUAACUUGGCUCACAGUUUAAGUCCAUUUAAAUGGCCUGUGUUUGUUCUCCUUUUCAGUAAUGUGGCGUUGGCACACCUGGAUUUAUCUGCUCUUGUAGUUCACACCAUAAACUGUUGCCUCAACACGUUUAUCGAUACAUAUAUAAACACAGUGAAAAAUCAACAAAUUACACACCAGUGUCAACUGGAGCAGUUCGUAAAGACUUAUAUUACUCAAUAAAUGGACAUUUGAGCUCAGACUAUUACAUCUGUUUAAAGAGAGGAUGUUGAAAUGUGUAUGUUUGAUUUUUUUCAGCGCUUUCAUCAACACUAUGUAAAUUUAUGUCUGUUAUUAUUACAACAAUCCCAAACAAAAACAAAUCUUUCAGAAUAACAUCAGACGUGAUGCACGCUGAAAACAUAACAUGGCAAAGUUACGCCCAACAAGUAACAACAGACGGGCGUGUUGACCUUAAUUUGCAAUAGACGUUAAAUUUAGCAUUUCGGUUUGACAGUUUAAGAAGACCAGCACAAUAAAAUUAAUGUUUCUGUGAGUAAAUGAAGAAAUCAGGGGACUUUUUUAGAUGGGCUAUGCAGGUGUCAGGUUGCUACAUCGGGGUUUCCUGAUUGGGUUUGAAGGGGCCCAUAACACCUUAAUGAUCACCCCCUUUUAGAGCUGCGAAUUUCAGUAAUUCGUCCUCUGAUUUAUUGUUUUUCUGAUCGCUGCCCUCGCACUCAGAGCUGGCACGCACACAAACAAAAGCAUCUUUCUCAUGCUCGUAUGAGUUUGAAGAAGAGGUGGUAACUUAUCGGCUGGGAUCAUAAUAACAGAGCAAGUGUACAUCAAUUAAAAAUAAGAAAAGGAGUUUCUGUUCAAGCAUCAAACACAGAGUCUGUUAGUGAAAAGUGUUGAACUGGUUUGCAGAUGGAGCGUUAACGUCCCCACACCUGUGCUGUAGGUGCGUUGUUAGGUUGAGUGGUUAAAUACCAGUUUACCCAGACACAGUUAUCUCUGUUUGCUAUAUUGCAGAUUGCUAAGAAGUGUAAUCUAUCCACUGUGCAGGUUUACAUCCAGGUAGUAGAACACAACAAUCAAAACCACAAACAUGACCCUGUGUUACUCUGACACUCUGAAGUUUUGACUGACGAGGACUGACACAGUCGAGAAGGUCAUGAAGUCAACUUAAUGUGGACUUCCCUUCUGUGUGCUAACAAAUGCAGUUCAUCCCUAUUUAUCCAGUGCCGGUUCAUUCCUCCAGCCACCCACACACAUGCCUUUGAAGCGCCGUAAGCCCAGCUUCAGAGGAACCCCCGGCUGUGUGCUGUAAUGCAGACAGGUUUGUCACAGGUAGCAGUUAAGGGCAGUUAAAGUAGGCUCACUCAGCGGGGAAGGACCGACUGUGAGAGUGGGAUUACAGGGCAGUCGGCCCCAUAAAGUUUCUCCUGUGGCUGCAGCGCUGCCUCUCACGCUACUUCCCUCCACUUCAGCCUCCUAAUCCACCCAAACGGCGUGUGCAUUUGUUUUCACACACCGAUGUCUGUGUACGUGUUAUUAUCGCUCCACUUCUGUCAUUUUCCCGAUAAACACACAGUCAGCAUAUAAGCAGACACACUGGUUGCGCUGCACCCAGGCGCUGAUGCACGUCAGAACCAGUGCGAAAUCAAAAGGAGCGACAGUGUGUUGCAGAGAUAUAUCCUCCCCCUGGGCUAGGUGUGAACAGGCUUACAGUGUAAGGUUACUGAAAAGCCUGUCUCAUAUUGCCCAUGACAGACUGAAGAGAGACAGACAUGUCUAAUGAUGGAGAUCUCACACACAUACACACUUUCACACACACACACACAUACGCUCCCACUGUGUGAACAAGAGCACUAUCAGUGUUUCAGCGGGGAAAUAUGCGUGUAAAAAUGAUUAAGCUCCUCUCAGCUUUGCCAGAAAGAAUGUAACCAGUGGAACAUGACUCCGUACCAUAUCUGAGAAUUUUCCCCUCUCAGGACAUGAAACGGUAUCGCGGCUCAAACAGGCCCACUCACUUCAUGUGCUCUAGUCCUAUUAAAGGUCUUAAGUGAGUGUAAUGACAUUCUUGGUCUUUUCAUUGUCCCGUGUGAGGGAGACGGCGGAGCAGUAAAGGUGGAGACUGCGACUGUGAGAAGUAAGCAGGCAGGCAGGAGCCAUAAAAAGGGGAGGACAGACUAUAGGCUUAGGGAGGGAAGCCCAGCAAACCUCAGGGUGGGUAUUAAGUAUUGGGGUCGUCUGUUCGGCAAGGAGGUCAAACGCUAACCUGCUAAUCCUCACUGGCCUUUCAGAAAGCAGGGAGUGGAAGCUGUUUUCUCUGCGUGGAUCUGUUUUAGUCAGAGGAAGAUCUGUUUGUAAAAGUGCGUGUCUGUUGUGUUAUCUAGAGCAGAAUAUAUACUGAAGUGUUGAAGAGGUGUGACUAACAUAACCAUAAAACAUGCAGAAAGAGGAUUUGGUGUAUUUUUUGUCAGAGCAUGAUGGAGACUAGUGGAGCAGACUUCUGUGUUAAAACUUUCAUCUCAUUAGAUUGUAAACACACAUAUGAAGAAAACAGUUAUGGACUAUUUAGUAAAUAAAUGAUGUGGUGUGUUUGUUUGAUGUAAAGGCUCUUCAGGAGGACCGACAGCCUGCAUGAUGGCUUAACCCCUGUUACAUCACAACUUUAUAAUCCUGAUAUUGGGACCUUGCUGCAACUUUAUUCUUACUAGAUUAUGACUUUAUUCUUGUAACAUAAGGACUCAAAAUUAUUUACUUUAAUGUAGCCUAAAUACUCUUUUAUAUGUUAGAUACCAGAGGGAAAAAUGGGUGAGAUUCAGAGAGAGUCGAGCAAAGAACGAGGAAACAAGGACAGAAAAGCAUCCGAGAAGUGUUGCUGUGUUUUAUAUCUCAUACCUGGGAAGUUCACUACAGCUGUGGACAUGAAAAUUCUUCAUACAAUAAUCAUAAACUGUCCAUAUUUUUGUAUACACUCAGAAAUACAGAUUCUCGUCAGCGGUCUGGAGGCCGUGACGCUCUAAUGUGCGUACUGAAACAGAAAUCAAGUUUCUGCUGUGCACCUGUGUUACAGGUAUAAAAUAUUCUGGUUGUUUCUGGCGUGUUGGGGUUCUGGGUGGCUGCUCCAAAUAAGGGAAAACACUAAAUAAUGUUUUAUCAUUCAUAUGUUGUUGGAACUCUGACUAUUGUUUCAGCAGCACAUAUUUCACACGCACCAAAGCACUACAAAUGCUACCUCUCCAGAGCUCGACAUCUGUAGUUAGCAGGAUAAAAACACAUGGAAAGUCGACUCGCACCACCUCUUCACACAGGAAGACAGUUAAAAGCUGUCUCCCUCCCUCUGGGACACCCCUGAAAAAAAAGCUUCUGAAUCCUCUAUCCCAGUGUGACUUAUAUUCCAGAUUCGAUGGUAUGUGCCAGAACAUGUGCACAUGCAUGUUGUUGCGCACAGAGGAAAGGUGUCAGUCAGGAUAGUGCUGAUGUCUGGGGCCAAGAAUAGGUGGGUGGAGUGUGGUGCUAUGUGUGGGAUGGUAUGAGGGUGGGGGUGUGGUGGGGUCUUGUAUGAGGCGGUGUUUGAGCUGGUGCCAGUGUGAAAUCACAGGGGCUCCCGCCAACAGACAGCAGUAAGAGCAGCGUAACAGCCUCAGCUGUUGGCACUUCAAAUGAGCCAUCAACAGCUUUUAACAUUCCAAGGUCCUUCAGUGCGAGUGUUUGGGUCCGAGUUAUCUCUAUGGGUUAUUGUAUUUAUGUGUGCAUGCUGCUGUGUAGGGUGCAUGUGUGAGUGUACAGCACAUGUCAGAGAGCUUAUCCCAUGUCUCCUGCCAACAUAAAUUCAGGCCGUUUCUUCAAAUCUCAGCUGCAGAGGCCAAUUUCCAACUGUCAGCCCACGGCCCCCUCUCCCCUCCUCAUUUUUUUUUUUUUUUUUUUACCCAGGCUACUUGAGACUUCAUGAUUAGCUCAUAGUGAUGUGAUUUAUUUAUGUUUUUAGAGAGAUGAACAGAGGGAACUUUUCCCACCAAACAUUUUGGCUCUGGACGGGCAGAAUGGACAUGCAAGACCUUAAAAGCUGAAGGGAAGGGGAUCUUGGGAGAGGCCUGCUGCAUUCUCGCUGGUCGACCGUGCUGACACACCCACAUUUCUCAGAGUAAUUACAGAUUGAAAAUGAGUGGAUAAUAGGCCCUCUGUGCUUCGAGGAAUACAUUUUUGUCAUUUGAUAAGGAAGCUAGUGGUUAUGCUCUUUGACCACAGGAGUGUCGCAGUUUUGUUCAUAAAGAUGCCACUGCUUUCCAGUGACAGCUGUCUCAAUUCAGACCCAGGCGAGUGUUCGGAAACCAUUUUUAAUCUCUAAUAUCGACUUGUGUACCCGGGAUAUAAUAUCAUGAUACAGUGAUGCUUUGACCAUCAGUAUAAGUUAUAUAGUUCCAGUUUUUGGGAGAAAUCUUGAAUGUAAACUCUACCCCUCCCAACCAGUUUUCCCUUCAGCUCCUCCUCUCUGCUCCAGCAAGCCCCGCCCACAAACAGACGCUCCUGCUCGCUCGUAUCGUUCCAAUUAAAUUCAGAUAUAAUGCAGAUAAAUACUUCAGAUAAUUACAAAUGGGGCCCAGUCAAGGUGAAAGUCAAAAGCAUUGGUGCUACUGUAGAUGCCAACAGACGACCAGCAAACACAAUGUUUGCAGGACUUCUACAACUAGGAUAAAGUGACAUAGUCCAGGACCCGAGGUCAACAGUUUAGCGAUGGUGCUACAACACGCUACAGCAGGUCCGUUUGACAAGAAACACUUCUGUUACAGACACUUGUCUUACUUUGUUAAAGCGGUUUACCUGUCCAGCAGAAAGGUUACAGGGUCACCAAGAUCCCCAAGCGUCCCCCAUCGUUUAUAUUGACCCGGCUUUUUAGCUCUUGUCCGGUCUACCUUCGUUUUAAGCGCCCGUUAUUCUGCCAGAGUCUCUGGUAUUUACUUCGUUUUCUUGCUUGUGUCGGCAGUCGUCACCAAAAGAGGAUUCAGUCAAUUUUGGUUGGUUUCUACUGUCUGAUAUUGUAGCACGAUAACUUUGUUUGGGCUCGUGAACGACACGGGGGAGCAACGUCUCUUUUUUGCUCUCUUGUGAUACUGCUGCUCACCUGGAAUUAACCCCAACAGAAGCUAAUGACUAAAUAACUUUAACUCUAAGUUUUCAGCUCAUAAUGAAACACAGUUAAUUCAGAUGUAACCGCAUUCUUAGCUCCGACUUUCAUGGUUACUUGGGUUUUUCCCACUUUUUGUUUCUUCUUCUGCUAUUUUCCUGCUGUCAUCUUCCUCUUGGGCCAAUUAAGUUCAGUCCGUGUGGCCCUAAAUCAUCCCGUUAGCGCCAUUGUGGGGAAUCACAGAGUUGUGACAUAGCCGGUCAAAUUGGCAUUGGAGAAGAAGAACCCUUCAGAGCGCCAUAUUUUUUUGAUUAAAAUUCUUAAAUUUAGUGUUUGCAUUUUGAUUAUUGUAUUGCACAAGUCAGGAGGGUUGUGAUAUUGCUGUGUCGAUAUUUCCUCCCAGCCCCAGUUCUGAGACCUUCGCCAGACUAAGAAUACAUAAAGACAGGAUGGGUGCCAGGGAGCUUUCCUCAGUUCUCCAGUUUAACAGGCGGUCAUAAAUACAGAAUACACAGAAAAAUACAUUUAUGAAAACCAAAAUUAUGUAUGGAAAAGAUUUGUUGGCACUUUCUGUUGUUUUUGCCGCUUGAGAGUGUUGGAGAGGCGCUGGUUGAACGCGAUGCCUCUUUGUUCAGUGUUUUUACUGAAUUUGUAGCUGGAUGAGCUUGUGUCAAGAAAAAGGGUGGGGGGGGGGGCUCUGCGGACAAUUCAGCCGCCGUCUGAAGGGUGGAAGGAAUCCUAACCAAGGAAUAAGCGGAGCAUAUGUUGGCAGCAGCUCAGCUCGCAGCCCCUGCAGCCACGCCGUGGUGGCAAAAACACAUUUAUGUGAAACUUAUUGAAUAAAUAAAUAAAGCUCAAAUCUCUGCUAGAUCUGCACUUUGCUUCAUCGGUGCUCAGUAAUCUAAAAUCAGUCCUUCUUCUUCUUGCUGCUGUGAUGGCAGCUCUAAUCCACUCAUGGUUGCAGCACAGAUCAGCUUGAAUUGAAGACUUCUGUUAUGGAGGACGAACUGAUUCAUGGUGAAGAAAGUUUGUUUUCAUUAGUUGCAGGUUGAUGCCAAAUCUUUUUAUUCUACAGUGUUUGCAGCGGCAGAGGCUUUGUCCAUCUCUUAACUCUUGAACUGCACGGCAUGUGUGCCAAACACUCUGAAUAAUAUUCUUUAAAUAUUAGAUUUGUCUUAGUUUGCUUGCUCUGCUGAUUCUCUGCUUUCUUUAUUCCUCUUCUCUUUUGGUCUUGUAUUGUUUUUCCUCCAGGGGGUAUUGGUUUUGUGGUCCAUUAUAGUGUAUAUAUUUGUGUGGAAGUGUAGAGUGUAAACUGAGAGGGCCCAUUUCACACGGAUUUAGCUAACGUGCCAUUUCAAACUGCCAGAGCACAUUACCAGAUGUCUCACGCCCACUCUUCGUAUUGAUACAUGCAGAUUGAUCCCUUCAUGUGCCGCAGAGCUCCAGUAGAGCUCACCCACCACCUCGUGUUGGAGGGACUUCCUACUCUCUGGAUGGGUCGGAGGAGCCCUGGCAGAGUGGGUACCCUGAGUACGUUGCGCCCCAUGGCAGAGCUGGUUCCUUCUUCCUCUGCCUGCACAGGUGCCAGGGCUUAGGGGAGGAACACCUGCCAGCCUGUUUCCCCAUGGCCACGGCAGGCUGGAGAGGCAUUUUCCCAGGCUCCCCAGAUGAAUGGUCACUAAUAGCCGUGGGAGAGGGCUUUGCGAGCGCAGCACAGUGUACCACUGACUCCUCUUGGCAGCCCUGUGAAGGGGGCUUAAGGCAGCCUGGACAUGGCCACUGCGGGAAAAGCACAAGUGUUGCUGGAUAGCUUUACUGUUGGAGAAUGUGUUUACGAAUGACCAUCUCCCUCCUGAUGAAGAAUGCGGAGGAUGUGUAGACUCAGUUUUUGCACUGCCCUGUCAUACAGUUAGCUUUGUUUUGCUUCCCAUGCUCUUUGAAGGCCUCGGGCUACAACGGUUUUUAAAAGUGUCUGAAAGUCAAAGUGUGAGUGAGCCUUCUUCAGUGUCCAUUUCAGGGAGAGUGAAGGUUAGCAGCACAUUUCUUUUGUAGUUACACACCUAAGUGCUACUACAGCUACUACUAUUUAUGUGUGUGUCUGUGUGUGUCUGUGAUGUAUGGACUGGUCUGUAAAUAGAGAGGCAUGCAUGUGGCAGAGUUACCUGCCCUGCUCUGUGUUACUGGGCGUGAGGCAGGCCGGGAUUAAGGCGCGGGGGUAACAGAGACCUGUGACAGGAACAAAGGAAUUCCAAGGCUUGGGCUGGAAAUGGAUCCUGAUCAGAGUAGCCACUCCGGCCCGCCUGCCCCUCUAACCCACUCACCCUCCCUCCUCUGGCCCCUGCUGGGCAACCCCCUUUCCCCCGGUGCUUUGUGGUGUUGCUGUGGCUCUUUAAAUCCUUCCUGUAAGCCCCCGGCCUUACUCAGCAGCAGCACAUAGGACAGUCUGACUCCACUGUUAACUCCCCUCCCCAUUAUUGGACACAUAGACACACACUCGCCUCCUUUUUUUUUGGCCCUCGAACUUCUACACAUUUUUGCACCCUCUCUCCUCUCCUCUGCCCUCCUCUUGUCUUUUCUUGAUGUUUUCUCACUUUCUCUCCUUCCCUGUCUCCGCAGGGUCAGCUGCAGACUCUUAGGACACGACCACAAUCCCCGCCAUAGCUGUCACACCACGCUCUUUUCCCAUAUAAUUAGGGCCUGAGCCUGAGCCUGAGCACGGAUCACAUUCAUGUGACUGUUCCCCUUUACCACAUUCUGGUCUGGGAGAUGGCACACACUCUCUUGAACUCCUGCUAAGUGUUCAGCCUGACCAGAAUGCCUUGUUUGAGGAUUUACUGAAACAUUUCUGAGGGAGGAGGAUGUUGUUUUUCUCUGCUCUUUGCUUUCUUUUGAAAGAAACGGGGCCUCUGUCGCGUGUUCUUAUGAGCUCUGCGGUUUCUCUGCGGACAGAUGUCAUUGUAAUGCUGUGUGCAAAAUUCUCUCGUGUUGUCAGAAAAUGCCAGCCCGGGACUGCUGUUAAUGACAGCAGCAGUUUAAUUGAUGACAGAAAUGCUUUCCAGGCUUUUGUUUGCAUAAGGUCAGCGAGUUAAGUUCGUAGGCUGUAAAAGCACCGUGACGACAUGGAGUUAUUGAUCGCCUUUUUCAAGUCUAAAGUUCAGCAUUUUUCCGCUGUUGCGCGAUUGGUUUUCUCAUGUGAAGUGACUGUGUUAGAGGAAGAGGGUGGAUCACCAAGUUACCCAAAAUAUGAAGUUAAUUUCUGCUCAAAGCUGUUGAAUGAGCCGACUGUUUCCCUCAGAGUGAGAUUCAUUUAGUGGCUUGUCAUCAUCACGGCCAACAACAUCCCUGCCUCAGAUGCAACGUCUCUGUAAAUGAUCUAAUCUGCAACCCCGGUGCCAUAAGAGUUUGGAGGCGGAGUCUCUCAGAAGUAAAGAUGGAAAAAUGAUCGAUUUCAGUUUAUACUGGAUUUCAUCAUCUACAGAACAUCAAACGUUUAAGAAAAUUAAGAGAAAUCUAGAAGAAGAACGAGGCUGAUAACUGAUGACUGCGAUCUUCAGGCACCGAAGCAGCGCUGUAUCAAAAAUAGACAUGACUCUGUAGUAGGAGUCACCGCAUGGGCUCAAAAUCACUUCCUCAAAGAUGUCUGUGAACAGUUUGUCUCUGCAGUCAUAGAUUCAGGUUCAAACUGUAAAGAGGAAAUCCAGAAACACGAGUGAUUCCUCCUCAAGAUAGUCUGAGGCGAACUUGGAAACUUCGCAGAGGUCUGACGAAUCAAAGUUUAACAUCCUGCAGGUAUUAUAACAUCAUGACUCUGUAGCAGAAGAGGCUGGUUCUGAACUCGCACUGAUCUGUAACCCACAUUUUGGCACGUCAUGGUGCGAAUAACAAAUAACACAAUAAGGAAGACCCUGAACUGUUGAUCAGCUGAAAUCCUAUAUCAGACAAAGACUCCACAAAUUGGUUGCCUUGGCUCCCAAACACUCACAGAGGUUUGUUAAAAGUCGAGGUGAUGCAACACGGUGGAAAACAUCCCCAACUCUUCUGGAAAUCGGAUCGUAUUACAAACCCGGGCCAAAACCAACAAUCUGGUCUAGUGAGACUGGACAUGGACAGUUUCUAGUUCUCACAACUUUACUAAACUAUCAAUUAUAUCUUAUUUUCUGAGAGAAAAGUCAUCGUGGUUUAAGGUCAACCAAGAAAAGAGUCUGUUCUGCUGUGGGCUGGACCAACCUGAGGGAUCUUUGAGGUUUUAUUGCUCAGAUGGAUGUGUGUUGGUUGACAGGAGGGAUGCCGCAUCAGUAGCAAGGUUGCUUCUUCAGGUAUCUUGGUUAUUUAUGUCAGUACCUGUCAAGGAAGUCUUUUAACCUCCCACCUCACCAUAGAUGGAAAGUCAAAACUUAUAACGCUAACGUGAACUUAUCCACCCAUCGCUGGAUCGACAAGAGUGUAAUAUUUAACAAUAGUAAUAUAAACCCGCUCUUUCAGAUGUGCCUGUCUCUAUCUUACAUGACUUUCUAUGAGGAUUGACCUACUUUGGACUCAGCCCCAAGUGGACUUUUGAGGAACUGCGGUUUUUGUCGCUGAGGUUUCUGCUCGAGCCAAAUCUUGAUAGCUCCGAUUUUCGAGCACCCAGCAAGCAGACAGAGGCUUUUUUUUCCACUGAGGCCAAAUCUGAGUCUUGACAGGCGGGCUGGGCACAGGACAUAACCCGAAAAAGUCCACAAACUACUCGGCAUCCCAUUAAUGUGGAGGGUCUUAAUGCAGAGUAAGCAGUUUGCAUUCUCAUCCUGAAGUCUCUCUAAUACAAACAGAGGCUGCACUCUGAGAGAUCUGUGGCCACUUGGGCUAAUUAGGACAUAAUGAUGAUUAACUGUGACAGUUUGUAUUGUGACUACUUUUCUCUCAUCAGAUUAUGUUUCUGAGAAAUAGAUUUUCCUCCCUCGAUAAUUGUUCUGUGCUCCAAAACGCUCCCCACCACUCUAGUCACAUGCUGCAUUAUGGGUUGGCCUGAGCUACCAUGCUGCGGCGUAUUUUGUAACUGCGAUGAAGGGGUCACCCAAAUGUUAAAUUGAACACUCAUGUGCAAAUAUUGUUUCAGGUGGACGUUGUGCAGGAUGAUAAGGCACACUGCUCUGCAACAGCCGUAGCUGUAGUUACACACAGAGAGUGAUGUCCUUCCAGGAAAGCCCCCACUUACAUAUGGGUAACUUCCUCGGGCUCUCUCAUCCCUCACUACUCCACCCCUCUCUCUCUCUUUCUCUCUUUUUGAGCCCCAACUCUCCACCCACACUCAAGGGCAGAGGGAGGGGGUCCACAUCAAAGCAGAGAUGUCAAAAGAGCAGGAUUCUCAGGCACUGAUGUCUGACUGUCCUGCUGAUUCAACUCCUGUUCAUAAAGGGGUUUGCGUGGGAAGUGAAGUACUCCUGACAUACAGUCACUACACUUACAUGCACACCAGAAAUGUGGUUAACGGGAUAAAUCAGGUUACAGCGGGAAAUCUGAGAGCGCUUUAACAUGCACUGCAACAACUAGGAUACUGUAAAACCAUUGUUUACAUGCAGCUCCUGGCUUAUCAGAUUCCUGUCCUUCUCAGAGCCGUGGUUUUAAAUCUGGCAUCAUUUUAGCAGUAAACUGAGGUAUAAUAUUUCAUUAGGGAGAGCUUUUUUAUUUCUCUGUCCGACUUUUAUCUGAUGGAUCAAGAGGCCAAUCAUGUUUUCUUUUCAUGUUAUCAUCUUUUCUUCCCCCUGUUGCUACUGUUUCUGCAAUGAUACUCUCCUUGCAUGGAAUAUAACUCUAAACUAGUAAAAUAAUCCUGUCAGAAACUAAGUGGAGCAAUUAUGUGGCUGAAAAUUUCAGUUUCUCUCGAGGUAGGCUCUCACUGUUUGAGAUGAUUCAAGGCAACUCAUUUCCUCGUUACAACAGGAGUUAUAACCCCAACUAGCUGACAAGUUAGGCCUGUCGCGAUAAUCAAUAAAUCGCCUUAUCGCUCGAUAAAUAAAAACGAGGUCGAUAACUUUGCCAGCCUCGAUAAUUGACGUGCGUUUGUUUACCUCCUCUCUCGCUACCAAACACGCUGGAUGAGAGAAGAGGUCUCACUCUGCGCAUUGUUCUCGGCACCUGGGGGCGUUGGCUCUAUAGCGGAAUGAACGGAGUUAGUGAACCCUCCUGUCAGUCAUUCAGUGUCUUUGUCACGAGGGGGCUAGCGCGCACAGGCACACAGACACAGACUUUUUGGAUAUAGUGCUGCAAGUGAGCAUCGUGAGUGAAAAGCAAGCUAACAGAAUGAACACGACAGCUUUGGUGUCUAAACCGAACGCAACAGCCCAAGUGUGGGAAUAUUUCGGCUUUAAACCAGUUUUGUUUUCGUCAACCACAAAACUCCACGUGUGUGUGUGUGUGUGCGCGAGCGCGCGUGCGUGUGUGUCUGUGUGUUGGAGGAGCACAGCAGGCUGAUGAGAGCUGUCAGAGCGGACUGAAGCUGCUCCUAUAUGUUUAGCGUUUAACUGACUGAGUUUUGCAACUCUGUUCGUCAUUUUCGUCCCGUCCCAUCAACGUAAACGCACUUUCGUCUCGUCACAUUUUAGUCAUCUCCGACUUAUGUUUAGCUCGUCAACGUUACGUCUUCGUCGUGGGAGAAAAGGGAAAUAUUUUAGUCAAUGAAAACAACCAGUGUUGUUCUCGUGUGGAAAUUAAAGUUUAUCACUUUUGACAUGGUGUACUCGCAUUAUUAUGCCAUAUAAUAUCAUUAUCUAUAAUUUAAAAAAUGGUGUCAAUAAUAUCGUUUAUCGGCGAUAAUUUGUAGCACAAUUAUCGUCCAGCAAAAUUUGUUAUCGUGACAGGCCUAUGACAAGUAAAUUAAGAAACAGCUUAUGUAGGGUAACCGUACGUCCUCUUUUACCCGCACAUGUCCUCUUUUUGGGGGGCUGUCCGGGGAAGUUUAUAAAAUCCUUAAAAGUCUGGGGUUUUGUACGUAAAUUUCAAGUUUGCAUCACGUGGCGUUACUGAGUUAGAAGUGCGUAAAAGACACUUGAUCCGACCCGAAAAACUCUCAAAAUUAACUUUGUGCGACUCUGUGACUCCACCCCAGCGUAGUCGUGUCCUCUUUUAGGGAAGUCAGAAUAUGGUCACCCUAAACUGAUGUAACACGGGUAAAUUCAGGGCUGCAGAAUCUGCAGGUCAAAGGUGUCAAAUUGGAUCACAGAGUGUGACUAAGGCUGGCAGAGCUAGCACCACCAACAAGUUAUAUGUGUCCACAGAGUUUUUAUGAAUUUCAAUUAUUUUGAUGCACGCCAUCUCUGGACUCUUGGGGUCUGUACACCUUAGUGCCGUUUUCAUGAUCUGUUUGCAGGACUUCUGGUUUGUCUUUCCCGUCAAAGCAGCUGACCUGAAUAGAAAGCUCAGUGUAACCAGGUGCAGAGAGAAACCUCCCCGAAGGAUUCCUGUCAAAGUCAGUGGACCUUCAGCGUUCAGCGAAUUCACAGGACCCCAGAAAAGCCCCCAUAUCAGAGCAGAAAUUCUUAUGGUUGUUGCAUGAGUCACAACAGCAUGUGCUGCCAGGAAUGCGGAUGGAGAGAAGAAGUAGGCUGCUGUGUUUUCUAGAGCUGUUUUAAUGAUCUCCUCAGGAUAUGACUGAAGUUAAUGAAGUCUGUUCCAUGGGGGCUUACCUUUGACCUUGGUCUGAAUGCUUCUCACCCCUGUCUGUUCCAUCUUACAGUCCUACUCACACUGGAUGCCUUUUGGUUUGUUGACUUUUCUUUCCUCUCAUUGUUUUCCCAGGAAGCGGUGAAAGCUGCAGGGAUGUGUGUGUGUGUGUGUGUGUGUGCGCGCGCAUGUGUGUGUGUCUCUCAAAAAUACAGUUCUUUAGCCUUGGCACCGACCCUGUGGAGACUUUCUUUUUUUCCUGCGGUAUAUUACAAGAUGGUAGAAUACUCUCCAUACAAGUGGUUCCAUUAUUAUCUACCACAUUUCUGAAAACAUAGCGUGCUUGCUUGUUUACUGUUUGAUUUGAUCUGUCAUAACAUCGUGCAUUGGGUUUCAAAACAAUUAAGCAAGAACAUCUUCUCUUGCAGGAAGUACAAAUGAAAGCCUUUAAAGUGUCUCCUCUGCAGAUUCGAGUAUUGCACCACUGCGGGCCACAGUUGCCACAGAAAGAGGCCACCGAUUCCCAGAGGAGGCACCAGCAAACUGUUUGUGAGAGAGAAACAUGAAUGUAAGCUUAGCACGAGAGAACCCGGGCAGAGGGCCAAGAGCAACUCCGCGCUGUGCAGGACGUUAUAAAGUUUGGAGCAACAGCUGAUGUCUCGGGGCACGACGAUGCACUGGUUCCCAACUCUGUGUCCAGACGUCCCUGUCAAACUUGUCCUGGGAAUUGGCGAGCUCAAGCCACCAGGGAAAGCGGCGAGAAUAGCUGCCGAGUUUGACAUGAGGCUAAAGAGUCUAAAGGACUAAAUCAGAGCUUCUGAAAACAUAUCAAGUCAUGAAUAUGCUAUGAAAGAUUCUUGUGUCCCGGUCGCUUGUUGGACCAAGAAUGGGCAGAGAAAACACAACUGAGAUUCAGAUCUGCAUUCCUCACUGGAUCGACAUCCAGCAUUAGAUGAUUACGGCUAUUUAGAGACGAACAGAAUAUUUUCAAUGUUUUCAAAUAAAUGAAGACUAAAAACAUGCUUAUCAUACCGAACUGUCGUUGAGUUUAUAAAGUAUUCCAACUAAAGCAUAUGCUUGUUAAGUGAAGCAAAUGUUAGCAAUGGAGCUACUUAAAAAAAAACAACGAUAAAAUCCUGUACACAAUCUGCCGUCGGCGACCCAACACUCAGUUUUCCUCUGUUAACAUUUAAACGUUCAAACAGAGUUUUCCAAAAUCUCCACUCUGGCCGGAGUUUUUAAAAAGCAUCGUUUUCAGGGUUGAAUUCUUCAUUUGCGUCUAAACGAACGUUGGUUGCAAACGAUGGUUAAUGUCUCAGUUUUUAAAAAUAACAGGGUAUGUAUAAACGGGGCCAUAAACUUCAGAGGAUAUCCGGCCCUAUUGUCCGUUCUACAAGCCUUCAAACAUUAGAAACAACCAAAUAUGAACACGACUUCAAUGUCUUAUACUGCAGCAUAUGGCGACUUUAUUUUUGUAAUAUGACCUUCCUAAAAAGUUUUCCCCACAAGAAUAUUACUUCACGAUACUUCAUAUUACUUCAUAACUGUCAAUCAUUGAGGUUUUACUACCUUGUGGAAGUAAGAGGAUUAACUCUUAGAAAUGAUAUCAUAAACAAAAACAACCUUUUAUUGACUCGAUUAUGAAACGGCUGCAGACGUCACCGUGAUGGUAUGAACUGACAGGUUAUGACAGUAGUGUAAAGCAAGUGUGCAAAGUGCUCUUGUGUUUGUUGCCAAGUUUCACACUUAAUAAAAGCUUCCCAUAACUCCUCUUGAAUCACUCCGAUUAUUACCCAGAUUAUAGAUGUUAAGGUAUAUUCACACAUACCGACUGACUCGUCUAAUUUUGCCGCAGGCUAAAUAUCUUCUUCACACUCUUAAGUCAUCCAGCCUGUCAUCCAGGAUACAACUUCAUCCUUGGGAAAAUAUUGUUUGUAAUUGCGCGGCGUUAAAAAAUCAGGCAGGCGUCCAUCUUUCAUAAAACUUAACAACCUUUUGGUUUCACACAGUUUUAUUUCCUGGUUCAUAACUUUCAAUCACAGAGAUUCACUCUUUAUUCCUGCUUUUAUAUCUUCAUUUGUUUCAAGUCUGUACUGUAAUUGCAGAAACAGUGACCUAAAGCUAACGCUAAUUCCGCCACAAGCAGAAAAAAGAAAGGAAAGCGGAGGUGGCGCCAUUAAUCACUGACCAGUGGUCUUAAGCGUGUACCUGUGGCAGUUUUGUGGCGAACAGUCUCAGUAAUAGCGUGUCAUUAUCUAAAGAAUCACAAGCCUGCUUCUUUUUGAAGAGGAUAAUUAGACGCUUCGAGUCGGCGCUGAGAUCACAUCAGCUAGCGGGGAAAGGGGAAUGUUCACAGAGGCCCCCUCACACUUGUGUGUGGGCCCAUGCUGUUAACAUGCUGUCUGCUCUGUUGUGCUCAGUAUGGAGCGUGUUUAUCCAAGGUGCAGGUCAAUUUUGAGCAGAGGCUUGUCCAAGAAUUCUUCCCAGAUUUAUUGAUGAGUGACUGUCAGUGUAGCCGACGGGUAAACAAGCCCGAAAUGUCGGCUUUUCAGAAACAGACACACGGAUUUCCAGCUUGAUGACGGUGCAUUUUUGACGUUAUCCUGGGAGUAGUGAGCGAGCCUCGAGUGCAAGAGGUCAGGAUUUUCUCAAACUAUGGAAGACAUGUAAUCCUUUAACUGAAGUUAAAAUGCUGAAGCCCCCAUGGUUAGCGGCUAAUGAGUUUUUCACACGGCAACAGCAACAUGAGUGCCAAUAAUAAGAGAGGGGAUAAGAAACAGCAGAGGUAGAAAGAGAGAGAGAAAGAGAGAGAAAGAGAGAGAGAGCAGGCUCUGUCAGCUUCCCAGCACUGUUGUCUUGUUUACAAAGAACAACUGGAUAGCGUGUUAGCCAGGCUCUCGCUUUAAGUCAACAAAUUCCUCCCAGAUUAGGCAACAGGCCACUGUUUCUGCCCAGCACAUCUUACAUAGCAUGACAAACAUUCCAUGACAAAUAGAGCAGAGGGUUCGCGCCACGGUUUCCCUGCUUGUGCCCGACUGGGAGGUCAGUCAAAUUAAAACACAAUGAAUGGUUUCUCACUCCAUGAACGAGUCUGGAGCAGUGAAUCAGAGUCUAAAGAGCUGGAAGUGCAGUGAUUUAAAGAAGGGGUGUUGGUUCUUGUGUCAGGAAAAGUGAGCUAACCAUAACUCUGUGCGUGUCACCAAACUACUCUUUCUUUUUUGUACUUUAGGGAGCAAACAGGGGCUGCAUACUUUAGCAAGGUGGUCAUGAGGUGCAAGAAAGAUGAUAGAAUUGGCUGGAUGUGGCACAGUUUGCAGCAGCUUGUCUGAAGGAACCAGGGGAACACCGGUCCAAGCCUUGGUGCUAUAGAGAGUUGGUAGUUCACUCUUUGGCUCUGUGAGGAAGAAGCUGAAUCCACUACAGAUGUGUGAAUAUUGACAUUCCAUCUUGUCAAGGCAAAAACCAACAUAGGGGACACACUACAGGAUAAUGAAGCUUGACCAAAUGAGCUUGACGAUGGUUGUUUUGUCUUAUCUGAGGAAAAGUUAGGAAGCAAAUUGACUGAAGAGAGAAGCAUAAAUGCAACUAUGGCGACGAUAGACAACACAAAGUUUAAAGUUAGACGGGAGAGCGGAAUGUGGCAACCAAAACUGUUAAACAGAGACUGUGACUGCUGUAGAUGAACCAGGAAAUGUCAGAGAACAAAACACAUUUUUACUCCUCAAUCAUCACAUUUUUAUGAUCACUUCACGCCUCCUGCUAUGUGUCUGAAAUCACAACCAUACAUCCCAGAACUUCACUUUACGUCCUGACUAAAGUCCCGGUCAUGGAGCUCAUCAUUUGACGAUCUCUUUAUCUGUUAAAAAAUAUUUGCUCUGUCUGUAAUCUUGUUAAAGACAUUUUCUUUCAGGGUUUGAAUAACAAAAAUGAUCUGAUUACCAACAGUGGCUGUAUUGUGCCAUGGUGGUCAAUUGAACAAGUGUUAUUAGUGAAUGAGGGGAUGAGCACAAUGCCAACACUCAUCAUCCAGAAAGUUCCCAUCACUAAACCGUCCCCCGGUGUUUGAUUUGAAGGCUGUUGACAGUCGUACAGUUACAGUGUGCUUCUUCUUUCUUUUUACGCUUAAACGUUUUUCUUUGUUUUUAGGAAAUAACUUCAACCUCGCUGCCAAUUUUCUGAAGAGGCACUCGAACCUCCGCUGCGUGGUGAAGCAGCUCUACGGCGGUACGUACUCCAUGUUCUCAAUGAAUCAAUCCCCAGUGACAGGAAACAGAAAUAGACAUCUGAAUGAGUCACUCUCAGCCAAAUUUCCCACAGAAAGACUCAGUCAUCUGUGCUCUCCAUGUUGACUUUUCUCCCCUCCACUUGUUUUUUAUGUCCUGUCUCUACCUGCUCGGGGUGUUAUUGAGAACACGCAGCCAUUAAGCGGCUCCCUCGAGAGGCUACUGAGAGUGGGAGAUUGGAGGGCAGUGAGGAUCUAUCUCCACGGCCCAUCUAGUUUCUGUGACCCUGAGCCACCUUUUCAUGGGACCAACAUGGUUCUCUUCCUGUCAGUAAAGUUAAUAUCUGCCCCCUGAGGGGAGUGGACGUUGAGACGGCUCUGACCUGCUGCAGACUGAGAGGACGGCCUCUCUCAGCAGGUCCCUAACAUGUCGAAUUAGACCCACUCUCCAAGGGUCAAAGGUUGGCUAAUUUUGGUCCACUAAGUCAGCAGUUAAUUGUGGUUAUGUAAAAAUCCAAAUAAUGUUAUAAAACAGGAGGUUAAAAGUGCUUAUCAUGAUUAGUUUCAAAAACAGAUGUUUGGAGCUUGAACUGUAAGGCUGAUACCUGUGUUACAAAAACAGUGACAGUUAAGAAAAUAUAUGGAUUUAGUCCUUUUAGUGGUUAAACGCACUUUAUUAUUCUGUUAUUAAAGCUGCACAGACUCCUAAACUUCAAUCUAUACCCUUCAAAAUACAUUACUGUGUUGGACUACAAGACCAUAGACGGAUAUAAAGUCAAAAAGUCAAGAAAAUUUGAGUAUUCUUCGCCGAAUUCCAGUAGACCAAUGUUCCCUUCAAGUAUUAUGUUUACCAAUAAAAAAUGGACAAAAAUCUGCAGCUCUGAAAACUUAAAAUAAACUUGUUCCAGUUUUGAGACUAAUAAUCUGCACGGAGAUAUCAAGACAGUUUACUGUAUGUUUGAUGGUUUUUUCUAAACCCCUUGAAACAAAAAGAAGGCUAAAGAAACAAAGAAACAAACAAAUGAAUCACUCCUUUUUAAAACAGUAUUUUUAAAAUAUACCUUUUUAUACAUUCAUACGUUUAAACUUUACGGUAAAACUUUACACGCUGCAAAAAGCUCCUCAUUUCUCAGUGUUUUUUCUUAUUUACAGUAAAAUGUGUCUACUAAACUUGAUUUAAACAACAUUUACCAGUGCAGGAUGCAGAAAAAUUGCUUACUUCAAGAUAUUUACACCAAAAAUAAGACUUGAAUCGCUUGUAAUUAGUAAUUGGAAAAGUUUACCUGUCAGGUGAAUGUGGCUUCAGUUAAACCUAAUGACAUAUUUUACCAGAAAUUAGACAAAAACAUCUCCUAAGAUUUGAGUCUUUGCAGUGUGAGUUCAUAUCUUGGCUCCAAAUGUAGCUCAGCAGAAGUUAAAACGCUCUGAUUCUGUAUUUUUACAUAGAAUAAGUAGAUAGUAGGAAAUAGCGAACAUCCAACCAACCAGCCAAAUGACUUAUUUGUCCUUCUUCACCCCAUUAGCUAUACCACACAAGGUACACAUCCAUUAGUGCACGUGUGUGGUGUAUGCAAGCGCUGCCUGUGCCUAACAAAAUGUGUGCAUUGGCUGUAUUUACAAACCACAAAUCCGGACAACUGAAGCAAAACCAAUGUUUGCAGAAGUGACCACUGCGAGGGAAUAUCAGCUUUUACGCACUAAAUUCAAUACUUGUGUAAAACAUCUGAGAGGAAAGUGGACGGCUGUGGAGUCGAAGAAUGUCUCAUGAAGGCGUUUGUAAAAUUUUGCCAAUGAGCCUUUUCAUUCGCUCCACUUUCAGCAGCAUCAGGGUUUGUUAUUAGGAGCGCCAUCGUGAAACAGACGGGGCUGCAGAGGAGAGGCGAGCACAGGAGGGUAUUUCACAGGCAAUGGGUCGGAGAGACACCAACUUGGCUGUCUAGCUGAGAAGACAAUCUGAGGCCUGUUGGAUUUAUUAUCAUGAUACAUUUCACAUUAAAGUGUUGCUUUUGUAAAUGAUCUUUUUCUUUGAAGUCGAUGAAACAGUCAAAUUUCUCCCAGGAGCCUCUAUCAACAUAAAAUUUCCUAAUAUUUCAUGCUGCUUACGCGGCUCAUAAAGCUCAGCAAUUAUCUGUAAACUAUCAUUUUCUCUCGGUCUGGGGGAUAGUAAAUAGUUGGUGUUGUGUGGAUGUGAAGUCAGACCUCCACCACAUUUCCCUCGGCCUGUCUUGUACUCAUAAUUAGAGGUGAACCCUGAUAUUAACUAGCAUGCUCUGCGUUGUCUCUGUGUUUGCCUGCCUCCAGAUUUGCGUGUGUUUCCUGAGCGUUAUGUUGUGUGUGUGCGCCGUUCAGAGGAUGCCUCAGCGCUCCAUGGAAACCCGAGCCUGGCCGCGGUGAGUGCUGUUUAUACUCCUCUAUUUCCUCUUCCAGUCGCCUGGCAGAUUGUCCCGCAUGGCUCUGUGUGUUAUUAUAGGGAUGUGUUGCCAAAUUGUGCUCUCACUUUAUGUAUGCUGAUCUGUUUACAGAGAGGAGGGGGGACGGGCUCUGCGCCUGCCUCAGCUUUUUGAAGACCCGAGGGGAAAGGGAGGAUGGCAGAGGUGGGGUCCAGAACUGCAGAGUCAUCCCCCGGUGUUCAAAGAGUUCCCGCUCCCACAUUCUGCAAAUUCACCCCAGCUGAACAGUUUUUGUUCUCCUCUGACCAAACUCAAACACGGAUCGCUGUAAACCUCAACAUGAAUGGGUGGUCAAAAAUAUCGCCAAAAAUAAUUGUUCGUAUUUAGCUCUGGAGGCAGGUUGGGAUACUUUCACACACACCGAAGAUCUGUUUUGGCUAAAUGUUUCAGUGAACAGCAAAAAGCAGAAUUUUUCCCCCUUUCUAGUUCCAACCGAUCUGUAUGUGGCACAAUAUCAUGUUUCAUUUAUCACUCCAAAAAAGAUGAUUUAUCAUCUGUAAAAAACCCUGAUUUUGUAAACGUAACCACUAAAUAUGGUCUUACUGUAAUUCAUCAUCAAAAAUAGUGUUUUCUGUUGUAUACUAUGUCAUUUAUGAUUAAGGAAAUUCAGAACCCAAGCACUUCAUCGUUCUAAUACACAUAUAUUAUUUGGGGUUUUAUGGUAGACCUCUGAAGAAGUGGUUAUCCUCACUUUGAUUAAAGAUCCUGUCAGGAGUUUUUCUAUGUUUAUGUAACAGACUGGAAUUCAUAUUGACAUACAGUAUUUAUUUAAUGUACAAAAGUAAAAAAGACCACCAGUGACAGAACUGAUGAUUUGUGUUGUCAUUUAAAUCCAUAAUAUAGACAAAUUAACAGCCCUGUAAUAUGUGUCCAUGUUAAAUAUUUACAAUAAAGGAAAUUUGUUUUUUUAAAAGCAGGAUCAGAGUUUUUGUCGGGAGUACAAUACUUCAGCGUGAAGAGAGACACUUUAAUAUGACUUUUUUUUUUUACAUACUACACUAUGACGUUAAGUAACAAACUAUAGCAUAACAUUUUUUUUAACAUACUAAUCUAGGACAUUUCUGACAUGGCAUAACAUGACAUUUUUUUUAUCAUACUAUACUAUGACAAUUUUUUAUCAUACUAUACUAUUACAUAUUUUAACAUAAUAUACUAUGACAUUUUCAACAUACUUUACUAUUACAUAUUUUAACAUAAUAUACUAUGACAUUUUUUUAAAAACCAUGCUAUGACUGUUCUUUGAACAGACUAUACUAUGAAAUUUUUUAUCAAACUAUACUGUGACAGUUUUAUCAUACUAAACUAUGACAUUUUUUUUCUAUCUCAAAUUUGAAAUUUUUAACAUACUAUACUGUGACAUUUUUAUAAUACUAUACUAUGACCCUAUUCACUGAUAAUUAUGACUUUUUUUCAAUCUAAAAUAUGAAAUUUUUAACAUACUAUACUGUGAUAUUUUUUUCAUACUUUACUCUGACAAUCUUUUUCAUUUUAAAAAUGAAUUAAAUUAUCAUACUAUACUAUGACAUUUUUAUCAUACUAUACUGUGACUUUUUUUCAAUCUAAAAUAUGUAAAUUUUUAUCAUACUGUACUAUGACGAUCUUUUUCAUUUUAAAAAAUGAAAAAAUUUUGUACUAAAAAUACAAUUUUUAACAUACUAUAUUGUGACAUUUUUAUCAUACUAUACUAUGACCUUAUUCACUCAUAAUUAUGACUUUUUUCAACAUACUAUACUAUGACAUUUUUUAUCAUACUAUACUGUGACUGUUUUAUCAUACUAUACUAUGACCUUAUUCACUCAUACUAUACCUUGACAUUUUUUUAAAUCUAAAAAAUAAAAUUUUUAACAUACUAUACUAUGACAUUUUUAUCAGACUAUACUAUGACAUUUUUUUUAUCAUACUAUACUGUGACAGUUUUAUCAUACUAUACUAUGACAUUUUUUUUCAAUCUAAAAUAUAGAAUUUUUAACAUACUAUACUAUGACAUUUUUAUCAUACUUUACUAUGACAAUCUUUUUCAUCUUAAAAAAUGAUUUUUUUAUUUCAUACUUAAAAAUUUUACGAUUUUAACAUACUAUACUAUGACAUUUUUAUCAUAUUAUACUAUGGCAAUAUUUUUGAUUUAAAAAAAAGGAAAAAAAUUUCAUACAAAGAAAUUAAAUUUUUAACAUACGAUACUAUGACAGAUUUAUCAUACUAUACUAUGACUUUUUUUACAAACUGAUGUAUGAACUUUUUUUUCAUACCAGAAAAUAAAAUUUUUAACAUACUGUACCAUGACAUUUUUAUCAUACUUUACUAUGACAUUUUUUUACAUACUGGUAUAUGAAAUUUUUUUCAUACUAAAAAAACAAGUUUUUAACAUACUAUACUAUGACAGAUUUAUCAUACUAUACUAUGACAUUUUUUUCAUACUGAUAUAUGAAAUUUUUUUUCAUGGUAAAAUUUGAAAAUUUGAACAUACUAUACUAUGACAUUUUAUCAUACAAUAGUAUGACAUUUUUAUCACAAUCGUUUUAAUUUUGAAAAAAGGGAAAAAAAUUUCAUACUAAGAAUUAAAUUAUAACAUACUAUACUAUGACAGAUUUAUCAUACUAUACUUUGACAUUUUUUUAUACUGAUAUAUGAAUUUUUUUUUUCAUACUAAAAAAUAAAAUUUUUAACAUACUCUAGUAUGACAUUUUUAUCAUUCUAUUCCAUAAAAUAUUUUUAUCAUACUAUUCUGUGACAGUUUUAUCAUACUAUACCAUGGCAUUUUUUAACACACUUUACCAUGACAUUUUUAUUAUACAAAAAAAACAAACAUCUUUAUUAUAAUAUUCUAUGACAUUUUUUUCAUUCUCAGAUAUGGACUUUUUAUUUAAUACUUAAAAAUUUGAUAAUUUUAACAAACUGUUACGGCUGUGGGUGUGUCCUGUGUCUUCUGCUGUUUGUCUCUUUCCAGUAGGUCCCUUCCCAGGUGUGUCAGGUUAACCUGCUUGGUGUGGUGAGUGGGGCAGAUAUAAGAACGCACAACUGCCCUGAAUCUCUCUCUCAGCCCUCGUGAUUGACAUACGUGCUGCAGACCUCCUGACUUGUUGACUGUGUUUCCAUCGUGUGCGUUUUGGUGUUUUUUGAAGUCCAGGUUUUCCGGUGGCAGGAGCCUGUGGUGUUUUUUUUGUUUGUUUGAAUGGUUGGCAGUGAAUUUUGGUUUUAAAUAACUUAUUGAUAAUCUGCCUCAUGCUCGUUUUUAGUUGUUUGAUCUUUUUUGUGAUAACUUUUGACUGUAAAUAAAUUACUUGCUUAUUCUGAUUUCCUGUUUCCUACUCUUCAUUUCAUCUCCCCUGCCUGGUUUUAAUUCAUUGUAACUUCCCAUCUUCCUCUAACCAUUCCCUCAGAUAAUCACAAACUAUACUAUGACAUUUUUAUCAUACUACUAUAAGACAUUUUUUCACUCAAAAUAAUGGCAUUUUUUUAAAAAUACUAUACUAUGGCAUUUUUUUAUCAUACUAUACCAUGACAGUUUUAUCAUACUAUACUAUGACAUUUUUUUCAAUCUAAAAUAUGACAUUUUUAACAUACUAUACUCUGACAGUUUUAUCAUACUAUAUUAUGACAUUUUUAUCAUUCUAUACGAUGACAUUUUUUAUCAUACUAUACUGUGACAUUUUUAUCAUACUAUACUAUGACAUUCUUUUUCAUUUUAAAUUAUGACAAAAAUUCCAUACUAAAUAAUUAUAUUUUUAACAUACAAACUAUGACAUUUUUAUCAUACUUAACUAUUACAUUUUUUAAUACUGAUUUAUGAAAUUUUUUCUCAUACUAAAAUUUUAAAGUUUGAACAUACUAUACUAUGACAUUUUUAUCAUUCUAUACUAUGACAUUUUUUCUCAUACUAUACUGUGACAUUUUAAUCAUACUAUACUAUGACAAUCUUUUUCAUAUAAAAAAUGAAAAAAAUUUAAUAUCAAAAAAUAACAUUUUGAACAUACUAUACUAUGACAGGUUUAUCAUACUUAACUAUUACUUUUUUUUCACACUAAUUUAUGAAAUUUUUUCUCAUACUAAAAUUUUAAAGUUUGAACAUACUAUACUAUGACAUUUUUAUCAUACUAUACUAUGACAUUUUUUUUAACACACUAUAGUAUGACAUUUUAUCAUACAAUACUAUAACAUUUUUAUCAUACUAUACUAUAGCAUUUUUGACAUACUAUACUAAGACAUUUGAUUAUAUUAUACUGUGACAUUUUUUUCAAUCUAAAAUAUGAAAUUUUUAACAUACUGUACUAUGACUUUUUAUCAUACUCUACAAUGACAAUCUUUUUCAUUUCAAAAAAUGAAAAACAUUUCAUACUUAAAAAUCGAAUUUUUAACAUACUAUACUACGCCAUUUUUAUCAUACUAAACUAUGACAUUUUUUCAUACCGAUAUAGGAAUUUUUUUUUCACACUAAAACUUGAAAAUUUUAACAUACUAUUCUAUGACAUUUUUAUCAUUCUAUACCAUUAAAUAUUUUAUCAUACUAUACUGUGACAGUUUUAUCAUACUAUACCAUGACCAUUUUUAACACACUAUACUCUGACAUCUCUAUUAUACUAUACUAUGACAUUUUUUAACAUACUAUUCAAUGACGUUUUUUUUUAUCAUACCAUACUUUCACAUUUUUAUUAUACUUUAGUAUGACAUACAUACUACAAUAUCUAAAUACAAUCAGACUGGACUCAGAUGCAGUCAUGUUUAGUGGGUAUUAACUGGUCAGAGGUCAUGCUGUCAUCUUUAUUCCACACUUACCUGUAAGACAGACUUUUUUUGUUGUCUUUUUAUGUCACAUGUCCUCCAGACAGAGCUCAUUUGAUCUAAAACUCUCAAAGUAUCAUGGGAAAUGAUGGUAGAGCCUCUCACCUUGGCUCUCACAUCAAGAACAGACAUCAGGUCUCAUGAUCAACGUCUCGCCGUUUCUCUGUGAGGUUUUUUUCACUCAUUGUUUCCCUACACUCUUCGCAGCCUGGCGUCCAAUGAAAGCAGCAAUUGUAAUGUUUUUUUUUACUUGAGCAACAGAGUCGUCAGUGAAAAGUUCAGAUUGUGUAACCAAUUUUCCAGUUCAAGGAGGCAUUGCUGUCGAUUGCGUUCCUCUCCUCAGGAUGUGGUUCUCUGGGCUCAUACAGUACAAGCAGAGGGAAUUGGAGGGUGGGAGUCUUGUGGUGGAGCUCUCACUAGCCCAACCUCGAGCGUGGUUUUUAAGGGAAAGAUACCAGACAGCACGGCUGAAGUUUUUCACAUGACAAAAACCCUCAUUUGUUUACGUCCUUCACUCUUUUCUUAUGUGUCAGAGAGGAACUGUUCAGCCGAGAAACUAAGAGAAGAAGUUAAUGAGGGAAGUGAUGGUUAAAAUGAAGCUGUCUAAAAAUAAUCGUGUUUAUUAGAUUCAAUGUCAGGGUCACUCAUACGUUCAAGACGACGUCUUUUAUCCCACAAGUCUUGACAGCUCGAGUCUGCAAGUCCCAACACAUUGCCACGUUUCGCUGUGUUUCGGGAGGUUUGUUAAAAUUCAGGGAGUGUGACUCGUUGAAUAAAAAUCUUCAACCUUAACCGCAGUGGAAAUGUGGACUCAUCAAAUUUGCACUUCUCACAGGGUCAUGGGGUUAUGUUAUGAGGGAACUAAGCUGACAUCACGGUUGGCCUUUUGUCCUGCGAAAACCAACGUCUCUCUCCCACACUUCAGUGCGCUGAGCGCCCCUGUACUCCAUGAACUCUUAUUAGUCAUAUUUUCAGCUGUGGUUCACUCUGAGGAGGAGAUGGUGACAUUUAGUCAUUUCCAGCGGUGGCGAAGGAGCUAGGAUACCAAUUAUUGUUGAUUUUUGGUACUCCGGGGGACAGUUAAAAGACGUUGGGUACACAUUCACUGUAUUUAUUUAUUUAUCUAUCCUUUAUUUAACCAGAAACAGCCUGUUGGGAUUAAAAAUCUCAAAAGUAUCCUGGCCAAGACAGGCAGUGGCGUGGUGAGCGAAGUUUCCAUUCAACAAUGGGCAGACAUACACGCAAAAGUAAAACAAGAUACUUGACUAUAUAACCAGCAGGUUAACGGUUAAAACCAACCACGUUCAUAAAUAUGUCAAACAGAACAUUAACAGAGGGUUGUGUCCGGCUCUAAAUUACUCAAAAUCAUCAUAAAGCAUCUCAAAGAUCCAGUGAAGAUGAGUUUAGCAGAAAAAACAUCAAAUCAAACUUUGGGCCUACAAAAGCAAAUUAAACCAACGGCAUGGAGACGGGUGCUCAAAACCCUUUUUUUUCAGUCAGUAUGUUUACAUAUGUUUUUUUUAAAAAAAAAUCAAUUUUAGUUUGAUGGAAAUUUGACUUUAAGAAAACAUGCAAACACGAGUCAAACUGAAAUUGCAAACUAUAUUGGAGUUCGGGAUCGAUUUUCUCCACCGUGUAAACGUGUCAGUUGGACUAGAAGUGGCACAAAUAUUCUGGGCAUGCUCCAGCGUCUAUAACCUGGAAGUGAAAUAGCACAGGUGUGUUGCUGGAAGGUCAGGUAAGAAAACAAAACAUAGGAAGAUUUGUGUUUAAACUGGUAUGUUCACUGUUCCUAAAACAAGAAAUGCCCUGACCCGGAUUCAAACCCAGGACCUUCUUACUGUGAGGCGACAGUGCUAACCACUACACCACUGUGCCGCCCAUUGGUUAUCUUUCAGCAUUGAAAAUUCCAACGACAAUUUCAGGUCAAUCUGUCUGUUACUUUCUCCGUAAAGUUGUUCACAGACAAACAAACAAACCAACAAACCAAUGCUACCAAAAACAUAACCUCCUUGGCGGAGGUAAAAACACCAAACUUUACAGUCCAGAACACCACAAAGAUUGAUCUCCCAUCUUUUCUGAAUGUUUUUCUUUGCAGCACAACUUCCCUGUUCUGGUUCAGUCUCACAGCUUUCAUUACUGCCCUUUACACUGGCAGCUGAAACCUGCUAUUAGCACCGAAGUCCCUGCACAAUACCUGCUCAGCAGCAAACACCAGGCAGAUCAAACAAGAGCUCGAGGAUGAGCUCAAAAUAAGCUUCAUAUUUCAGGAUGAGGAUACAGCAACAUGCAGUUCGAUGCCUGAUGCAUGACCUAUAACCACAAUACAGUAAUUUUAAUUGCAAUACACUAGAGAUGGUUGUAAACUCCUGUGUGAGUCAGAUAAGUCUGCACAUACCAGGACUGUCAGUCUAAGUGGAAAUAUUUGUGAUAUCCACCACAUCUGAGGCGGCGAUAUUGACGUUUCAUAACUAAUGUCCCGUCAUGACUCAAACAUUUCACAUGAACUCUCUCUGUCCGUUGCUAUCUACAAGCCUGUAAUUGAUUGUUGUUCUGCAGAGUCAGGGCUGUCGAAACUGCAUCUGCAUGAGACCGUGGGAAGCAAUCGAAAAGGCAACUCCUAAACAGUGUUAUUUUUUUCCUUGACAUUUGAAGAUUCAUGUCCCUCUAAAAAAAAAAAAAAAAAAGAAAAAGCUCCCAGUGUGAGUCAGCAGCGACAGUGUGGAGGGCAGCAUGGGAAGGAAGAACUAGUGUUUAGGAUUGUGGCCGUUGUUUUCUAGUCAGGCGCAGAGUGGGCAGCUGAGGUGAGUGGCGUGCUGGGCUGCAGAAGUUUGGAUCAAAGGCAGAGCAGAUGUGUUUCCAGUCCCCCCCUCUCCUCUCUGGAUGAGUCUGUGUGUUUACUCAUGACCUCAGCGCGCCUCUAUUCUUCACAGCUCUCAACGGCGAGCAGCAGAGCUUUCCCAAGCGUCCAGUGUCUGCUGAUCUCCUCUCCAACGAGGCCAAACACUCGAGUAUCGUCUCUUACAGAGCACGAUCCCGUCCUGUCCGUCCUGCUUUAAUCUGCUUUCAUUGAUUUCCAUGAAGGGAGUCCAAACAGUUAACAGCUUGUCUUAAUCCCUGCACAUGGGUGUAUCCAAAAACUUGAGCCAUUGUUCAGGGAUAAGAACUGUCCUCUAUUUUCGACAAGUAUGUGCCCAUGCAUGUUUGUUGACUUUGUUGCAAGGAAGAUGUGGUGAGCUUAAACAAACGGGGCAUGAUUCCUCUGUGGGACCAGGGAGGGUGGAAUUUGUGUGACUCGUUUCACGAACAUCCCAGCAGGAGGUUAUUUUUGCCCUGACAGUUGAGAUAUGUUGUUGUUUCAUGGUGCCAGUUAGAGGAUUCAGUAUACUUAGCUGUGCAGUCACAGAGCUGUUCAAAGGCUCUGCACAGAGGAGAUGAAUAAUUCCAUUUUUAUAACAAAUACUUGUCUGGAUUCAGACGUUCAAGGAGGGAUGAUUCAUUGCUUUGUGACAGAUGGGUGAAUAGAUGGCUUUAAAGGACGGCAUAGCUCUGAUGUUGUGCGUCUUAGGUGAGGAACAAAGAUGGAGUAAUCCUAAAACAAACAAUCAGGCUCCCACCGUGGAGGAUCACAAGCAAAUAUAGAGUUGAUGGUUGAUUGGAGAUUUAGAUGUUGGAUGUUGUUCUUUACAUCUUUGAACUACAGGUUGGCGGUGAAGGGAUGAGGAAAAAACACAAGUGGAGGUUGAUGUUUACUCUGCACCUAGAGGUUGAAAAUCAAAAGUUUGAUGAGACUAUUUUUGGGUCAACAGCUUCUACUGCAUACCACAUGAGUACGUUUAUAUAUAUAUUCUGAAAGAGAAGAGGAGAUGGAUCAAGUUGAUUUUUUUGGUGAGUUUUUGCCUUUAUCAAUAGGACAGGUUCAAAGUACAGGGAGAUAGAGGGGGGAGGACUCAAACCUGCGACCGCUGCAGGGACCAUGGUCACCAAGGUGGGGUGUGCUAACCUGCUUGGCCAUCUGCGCGCCCUGGUUUAAGUUGAUUUGAGCCAUCUCCUCUUCCCCAUAACUUUGACAGAAGUUGAGCAUACUCUAGUUUGAAAUGUAAUAUAUACAUUAAUAUUUAAAGCUGUAUGCUGUAAUUAUAGGCCAGAUAUCUACACAUGACAAAAAGCUGCAGUGAGCUACACAGCUGAGGUGUAAAUGCAUGCAGGUACUGUUAGCUAAAGGAAGAUUAAAUAAAGCCGUCUUUUGUUGAACAUGUGUCUUGGUUUUAGCUAGUCUAGUCUCUUGUACAAGUUUAGACCUCCACAGAUUUGGAAGAUCACCUGAGCAGAUAAGCAGACAACCAAAAGCCUAACAGGAAACGAGUUUGAAACCAGCAAUAGUUGUAACCUCUAUAUGCAAAACAUCAGCUGCUACAGCUUGAAGUUAUUCUCUGUAAUUGUCCUGAUCAGAUAAACAAAAUAAAUGGAAGGAAAGGUCACUUUGUUUUGUGUUUACUCACCUGAAAAGUGGCGUUUUGACCAAGCUGCAACUUCAGGUCUUGAGAGGUGAAGCCAACACAAGAGUGGUAGAAACUGCGGUUCACUAAGAGUCUACUUCACGCUGGCUGAAGACUCCAGAACCUGCGUACACACUCAUUCACUGAAGCCCACCUUUGGAGCAAAAACAAACAUGUUUAAUAACUGAUUUAAAAACGCAGAUUUAAUGGAGUAAACUUUGACGCAUUUGUGUCAUGGAUGUGAAGGUUUCAGGAUUGGCGAAUUAGAGGCACACGGUGGCGGACUGUAGCUGUUGAUGAGGGGGAUGAAGACCCGCUUCGACUCCGCCUCGUUGUCUCUGGGUUGGUGGACCAAAAGUUCGGCUGAGUCAGCAUUUCCAACACGGCUUCAAAACUUCCACUUCAGACACGAACGGGUGACCUCACUGAGACUAUGUCUAUAUAUUAUGCAGUCUGUGGUUUCGACUGAAAACAGUUAGCCACUUAGCAUCUCGACUGUAGUCACAACAUUGCAUUUUGACUCUACUCUCAAAAUUUCAGUUUUGGUCUCGACAUUUUGACGUUGUCUCCCAAAAGUGCGUAAUGGAAAACUUUUUGUCAUCUCCGGCUUUUACACGCUUUCAUACUUUUCAGCCUCUAGAGGCCCAAAAACAUCCACUGGAUCAACUGAACGGUCAUAAAGCUGCAGAAAGGCCCCUUUUUUCUUCGUCUCUGUAAAACAGGAUGUCUUCACUCAGCAAAGUUGUAAUUUUAUUGUACAGACAAGAAUCCGAGGGCAUUUCUGUAGGUUAAUUAUACAGUAGUGCAAACCUCGUCUGUAUUGGGAGAUACCAAACCAGCCAAAGGGAGUGUUUCAGACUCCUCAGGAUUCAGGGACGAUUCAGCAGCUGCAUUAAAAGAUAACCUGCUAAUCUGCUUAUUUGUGUUUUCACCUUAUCUUAAAUGGCAUUCCCUGUUUUUUAUGGAGCCUGGAGUUGGUUAUCUUUUUGAAGUUGUUUCCAGGAGUCAUUGGGAGUCGGGGCAAGCUGCUGUAAGAAUCGGUACCAGUAUCCUUCUAAAGCAGUGAUUCAUACUCGGCGCUCUCCUCGCCCCUCUGCCAGGUUUAUCUCUUUAAUCUGACGUCCAGAUGUGCCGUCUUCUUGCAGCUCCCGUGGUGGAGCCGUGUUGUUCUGGAGGCUCCGGGGCCGGGGAGGGCACUGUUUCUCUGCUCCACUCUACGUGUUGCAUCAUGAGAAGUGUUGUGCAGCUUUGUGUGGGGGCGAACAGACAGGCUGGCGGCGGGAGGGUGGGGUGGGGGGGUUAAACCCUUGUUGCAAAGAGAGAAAGAGGUGGUUAUGGUGGCGGCGGCUGGUGGAAGUUCUUAUUUACCAACACUCCUCCCGCUUGUUGCUUGGGAUGCUUUCCAGCUAUUGAGAGUUUGCAUCAUUCCAAACAAGAUCAGACUCACUCGGUUCCCACACUGCUGAAUCGAGAAAGGCUGUGAUAUUUCUGAUGUUGCUCAUCCACCAUCUUCAAGCCCCCUUUUUAUCUCUCAAUCAGUCUCUCUCCAUCUAUUUGCCAAGUAUAUCCUCCUCAUCCUCUCAUUUUGCUUCUUCCUUUCCGUCACUCUGUUCUCUCUCGCUCCCUCCUUCCCUCUCGCUCUUUUGAAGUCGUGCCGACAGGAACAGAACGGCUCUAAACUUUCCCAGAGAGCCUCCCAUUGGCUUCUUGUUGAUUUUUCUUUCAAGUUGAUUUUCAAACAGCAUUUAUUCACAUCAAACAGAUGAAAAUACAUAUCAAGGCACCACAAUGCAAAUGACUGCACCCACAUCUUUCUCAGUAUUGUUGUUGUUGUCGAGGUGGGUGUGUGAGUGCGUGGGCGAAUGCAGAUUUUUAUGUGUCACUGUCCCAAAUCCAAACCCAAGUCUUGCUGUAACUCUGGACAUACGAGCGUAAAGUCUGAACCCCUGCCCACUCUCUAGCAUGACUCCGUCUCUGCACAAAGGGGAGCCUGUGGAGAGCAUCCUGUGUGAGGAUUCUUGUGUUUGUGGGCAUGCUGAAGAGUCCGUGGAGGUCAAGGGACAUUACUCCAGGGGGGUGCCUCUUCUUUUGUUGUACGCUCUCUCUUUCUCUUGUAUCUUGUCCCUUGUUUCUUGUCGUCUCCGCCCACUUCCUUGUCGUCCUGCCUCCUGAAUCAAUCCCCUCCCUCCGUCUGGCCUCUUUAUUCUGCUCACACCACAAACCAGUGCAGUUGCGAGGUCUCAAAGCCUUGCCCUAGUUUCCCUUCGCAGUAUUGGGCAAUUACUCCUUCUCUCUUGGGUGUCAGGUCAAAUGUUGUCAUUGGUAUCAUGAGGGAAGAAGUGGGAGAGGACGUUAAUGGUUUUUUUUUCUUUGUGCUCACAGGAACUGGUGGGUGCCAAACUUACCACAUUGGUUUUUCCCAUCCUCGAGUGCGCUUUGAUCAUUUCAUCAAGCCGGUUUUAGAGAAGUAAUGAUCUGAAAAUGGCUGAUAUUAAACAAACAUUGUGGCCGUAACCUCAAAUUUUCUCAGGAACUGACUUCUGCCUUGUUGUGUUUUCCCUCAGCAAAAGUUUACAGAGUGAUACAGCCAUGCUAGCUACAUGUUUAUGCUAACAACUGAUCGAGUCGCUUGGUCCAGAUCAUCUACCACAGUGUAGGGGUGGGGGAUAUGGCAAAAAACAAAGACAUAAUCAGACAGGAUUUUAUGGCUCAAUCAUAUUUAAGGUAUCACCAUCAUAAAGCAGCGGGGGCUAACAAAACUAGUGCUGCUUACUCAGUGCGUUUACAUGCACAGCUUAAUCGGACUAAGCUCAUAAUUUGCUAAGUAACUUUUCCGUGUAUACAUGCAGAGAAAAUCAAAUUAUCGAUGUGACCGUGUCCUCCUCCCCAAAACUAGGGGGCGAUAUGGGUCUUUUCAGCUACGCUGUUUCCGGACCGUUUUUAAAGAUGUCUCCAUUCCUUGUUUUGCGACCAUCCAUAAACUUUAAAAUGUCCAUUUCUGUCAGGAUGGAAAGCAUAACGGCGCUCUCCUCGCUGUUCCAAAAGUGGACGUUCUUUCGUGCUUCAGCCAAGUUGCAGUUUCUUCUGAGUCGAAAGUUGUUUAAAUGAUAGCCCCACUUCUUCUCUGGUGUUUUUGCUCUGGGGUUACGGAGGCGUGGUGCAAACGCACAUGCAUUGUCCGAUCAUAAUCUGACUACGCUGGUUACAUGGUAGAGAAAAUCAAAUUCCAAUCGCAUUAUCUGGGUGUCUCAAUCGAAGUUCUCAAACUCCAAUUAUAGUCGGACUAAGGUGUUUACAUGUACUUCAGUUGUCCGGUCUUAAUCGGAGUGAGGCGAUAAUUCAGUUUUCCUCAAGUGUCAUGUAAACGUACUGACUGGUUGCAGAAUUGUCACAUAAGUGAGCGAUCGGGAAACAACAGGGGUGCACACUUUUUUAUAACAGCAGCUUUUUGGUCCUUUAGCCAAUAAAAUAAUAAUGCAUCAGAUUUCAUAUAGCGCUUUAUCAGAGACCCUCAAAGUUCUUCACCUUGGAUACAUCAUUCAUUCGCUCACAGUCACACCUUGGUGGUGGUAAACUAUCACAGUAGUCAGAGCUGUCCUGGGGCAGACUGACGGAAACGGGGCUGCCAGUUUUCUCCUACGGCCUCUCGGACCACCACCACACAACACUCACAAUCACACACCAGUGGAGGACACACACUGGGAGCAAGUUGGGUUAAGUGUCUUGCCCAAGGACACAAUGGACAGAAUCAAGAUAAUCUUCCAGUUAUUGAACGAGCGCUCGACUUCCUGAGCUACUGCCUUUACAUGCCAUGGACUGUGUACUUAAAAAGUUUCAUCUUUUCUUUCAUUUGUUCAAACUUCAAAACUCCAAUAAUAAUAAAUCUCCUCACCUGUUUGAAUCACGAAACCAGAGCGACUGUGAUAAUCCCUCAUCGAGUCUUUUGAUGCCGUUCAUCGCUGUAAAUCGACAGCCUCUCAACCUUUACUUUCUGCUCAAUUUAACGGGCAGGUCUCUCAUUCUCUCAUAAAUCCAGAGUCUGUUUGAGGUCAGCCAACGAGAAGACCUGUUAUUAACCUUCAUUAGUGGCCUGUUGAGGGCACAUGUUGGUGAGAUCCAAUCUUUGGUCUGCUCCUGUUCUGCCUCAGAGGUUCACCUCGCUAUGUGGGUGUACUGAACUUUCAACCCAUAACAAAGUGUUUGAGCCGACUUUGAGUUUACUUUUUAGCAACGCUCAGGUGUGGAGAGAAAUAUGGAGGAGGAACUCGUGUAGUAAGUUUGUGUGAAGUAGUGAAAUGGAGGCUGAAGAGGGCCGUCUUUCAUUAAAACCAGAGAGUCUGCCACUGACUUCCUUACCUAAGCAGACCAGCAGGGACAGCAUAGCAGCAUUGGAUUGUGGGAUAGUCGAGGCUGAAUUAUCCAACUAAGGUAAGGCAUCAAGAGGACAAUAAAAUGACGAAGAUUUAGGUACUUGGUAUAAUCCUGGCGACAGUUUCUGAUUGGUCAAAGCUCCAGUGAAGAGUUUUGAACUGGUUGAGAAACUGGCGCCUCUACGGGAACUUCAGAAACUCACAAGAUCAUCAGCAACAAGGUUUAAAGUUUCCCACAUUUUACAUUUAAUUGACAGCAGGAAGAGUAUUAGUACAGAGGUAUCAGUUUGUCCACAGGGGGCGCCAAAGCCAACACAGACCAAAAGUUCCUUACAGCAGCUUUACAAACUCGACAUAAACUUUUGAAACCAAAACUAUAAAUGUGACUAAAACUAAAAGAAACUUUCCCCUAAAGAAAAAAGAUGAAAUCAAAAAUAGCCUUAAAAAAAAACAAAACUGGUUCUUUCAGACGCCUCUUGCAUUUUUAAACUCGUAUGCCCGCGUGUUAUUUUUCGCCUGCCUUGCUCCAUCAUCUCACUAAUGAUCCUUCUCUAAUCGCUGUUUUAACUUGUCAACAUGGUUUCAGCGUUUAGUAACUCUGCCCGAGGCUGUAAGCUUCACUCCAAACCUCAGACAGCAGAGCCCGAGCAACACACGUCACACGGUGACGAGCCGGUGAUUAUUUUCCAAAGACUUUGAGGUGGUUCCUUUUGACAGUUUUAAGUGAAGGACUAAUUCUGUGUGCCAACCGGGGAGCUACUUUAUGUCUAGAGAGAAAUUAAAGAAAAUAUUUGUUGAUCAGAGUUCGAAUCACGAGGUGACGCUGUUAUGUAACACAGUUUGGAGGACGGGGAGGUCAGAGGGUGGGGAGUUUGUGUGAAUUUCUCCUGUUUAAUGAUCAUUUUAGUGUUUUUUUGGUGAAUGUUUUGCAGUUCAAAGCCAACCGAACCUUUCUCGGGGAUGCCAGGAAUAAUACUUUCUUGUUUACGUGGAUUUUGUUUGUCUUCUUUAGGCUGAGCUGUUGGAACAAAGCAGAUCAGAGUACUUUUCCAGAGCGGGAGAAACCCAAGAGCUUUUAAACAGCGCCACAAAAACAAAGAAGACCAAGCUUCAAAAGAUGUAAGCAUGAUCUAACGCAAAACUUUCCAACCCCGUCAGUCAGAGAGGACGCUGGAGUAUCUGCUCACAUCCUCUUCUCAUUUUUCAGAGCCAAACAAGCCGGUGUCCAGCGAGAGAUCUGUGUUUCCAGUACGGGGGAGCAGCUAAUUGUGUCCCAGAAACCGAAAACGGACUGGAGAGUUAGAAUCAAACCCAAAAGAGACUGUGACCAGCUCUAAAAGGAGGGCCGCAGACCACUAGGAGCCUUUCCCCAGAGCCCUAAAUGAGGCCGAGACUACUCUAAAACAAGGCCUGACCCAGGAGAGUCCACACAGAAUCAGCCCACGUGGGGCCUCUAUAGUCGGACAUGAAAUCAGCAAAAGCCGAGUGAUGCAGGGGAAGACCUUCACCCACAGAGGGCCAAGAGGACAUGCCUUGGAAGUCCUCCAGCCAUGAUGCAGACCCACUCCAGCGAGGGCUCCACACAAACAUCCAAGCAUGACCCUCUUCCUCUGCAGCCCCUUCCUCCAGCCGAAGCCAAGGCACAGUCCAAGGCUUUCCCAGUCUCCGAGUGCAGCAAAACCACACUGGAAGUAGAGCUGCUUACUCCAGGGAAACGGGCCCAGAGGCUCCCCCUCACAAGCAAUAACACGGCACAGACAAACCAAAACAGGCUGGCCGCAAGUCUGAGGGGCCUAUCUGUCAAGCCUGCAUCCUCAGGCUCCUCUAUUAGUUCCAGAUCCACACUCAGAGAGGAGGGGAGUGAAAAUGUGCCCAGAACCUCCAGAUUACGACGACAGAAGAGGUCCUGA